UUCAGGGAUAGUGAAAUGUAUCAUUCUGGUGUGGGUAUUUUGGAUCGAACGUUUCUUACGUCGACGAAAUACCAGAAUUUCAUUAUUGUUGAAGAAAUGCCAACGAAGGGUCUGGAGACAGCAGAUGUCCUUGCGGCCCUUGAGUCGAAGCUCGCUUAUCUUCCUGGUGGACGUGAUCGCGAGGGACGACCUUUGAUAGUGGUCAACGUCCCAUCUGAACUUCAACCGACAACGAAACCACGCUUGGAAUCGAUCAUCUUAUAUUUCUUGUCGAUUUUCAGCGAAGGGACGAAGAAAGGUGGUCUGGUAUUGAUCAUAGACGCACGCUAUCGAGCAUGGCGAGUUGCAAGAUCCUGCAUCAGGUUAUCGGUGAUGCUUCUAGGAAGUCGUGCAACUUCCGUGUUCGUUAUACGUCCAGACGGCUUCUGGGAUAAGCGUGUCGACAGUUGUACCAAGUCCUAUAAGGACAGCGAGCCAAUGUAUGUUACCGUCGAAAGACUUCACGGGUUUAUUGAAUUUUCUCAAUUACCAUACGAAUUGUGUGGCAAUAAAUUUUACGACCAUACGGAAUGGAUUCGAAAACGUUUGAAAGUCGAAGAAUACAUGAAAGAUGGCCUAGAAUUAUUAUCGAAAAUGUCAAAUUUGCAUGAACGAUUGAACAGCCUUGAUGGGAUUCGCAUGAGGCAAUCAGAUGAUGAUUUAGAAUCUUAUUGGGAAAUCGGAAUGGAACUUACGUCUGUUACUUCUCGUAUCCUUAACUCAGGUAGAAGUUUAGUUAACACUAUGAGUAGGGAUUCGUCAAGAGAUUCUUUGGAUACGGUUAAACGGAUACAUGGACUUCUCGAUUCCGUUGAACUAAAACAGGUCGACAUUGAAAAUUGUUGGACUCAAAUGGAAAGAAGUUUGGAUACUAUAAAGGUAAUAGACGAUCUCGAAAAAGGUGUUUCACAAGUAACGAAGUGGAUUUUGGGACCGGCUGAUGCCAUGUUGAACUCUUCCUAUCAAAUUGGUUUUGAUGUGAUAUCUUCGGACGAGCUUAGACGACAGCAUGAACAAUUAGAAUUAAAAUGCCGAGAGACGUACGGUCGUUAUGCUGAGUUGCUUCAUAAGAUUGCCCGCUUGCCGACAGGUCAUUUACCGGAGGAUUUGAAAUCUCAAAAGGAUUUCAUGGAUUUUGUUUGUCGAAGUUUUGCAUCUAGAUUGGAAAGACGAAGAAACGUUCUUAUUACCUGUCAGAGAUUUUUCAGACUUGUAUCUGAGUACUUUGAUAAGACGAGCGAAGUUUUUGACAAGCUGGUGAUGACAAACACGUCUCAUGAUUUUUCUCAAGCUAGCUUGAAACUACUUAUGUUGGAAAAUAAUCAAUUGGCCUUGGAAGCGUUAGAACAGGAACUCGUGAAAGAGGGUGAGAAACUUUCGGACAUCUUAUCAAUGCCUGUCAAAGAUGCCUUGGGAAGAGAUGUUCAUAUCGAUUAUGGUGAGGACAUCGUCAAUGUACGCGAUAUUUUGGAUGCUACGAUCGCUAGAAAGAAUAUCUUUAAUGAUAGCGUAGAGUUGCAGAAGUUAACCUUGAAACAAAUCUCCUUAAUACAUACUUACGAGAACGACGCCGAACAGGCUGUUAAAUGGUUGAACGAUCUGUUCAACGUUCUCUUUCACAAUCUUAUGGAGGUUGGAUGUAACACUAGUGAAAUACAAUCGCAAAAAGAAAAACAUCAGUCCUUUCAGGAAACUGCGAAGGGAACUUAUGAGUACGGUUGUCAAUUGGUAAACGGAGCACGAGUGUUGAGAUUGUCUUGUAGAUUACCAUUGGACAACAACGUUCACUUGUUUUCAAGAUUACGUCAAACAUGGAAACAGUUACGCUCAGCUGGUCAAGAGCAACUAACUAGACUACGAGUGUGUGCUGUUUUUCAUAGAAGCGUCGAGGAUCACUGUUCGAAGUUGCGGGAUUUGAUUGAAAUCGUUGGAUCUUUAAAACGAGCGAGAAAAAAUGAAGAUUUCGCUAGCGAGUGCCGUGCCAGAGCCGAGAUAAGGGACAUCUUAGGUGAUCGAGAAAAGCUACUGUUGGACGUUGGCCGCAUGGUGAGACUGGGACGUCUUUUAAGGACCAGAUUAAAGGAACCUGUAUGCCAUCAACGAAUGUCCGAAGCUGAGGAUGCUUCGGUCAAAGCCGGUAAUCUAACAGCGAUCGAGGCGAUCUCGGCGAAACUGGCAGAAGUGACCCGGUUAGCUGAGAAACUGGAUGCAAAAUUGUGCGAAGCUGGAGCGAGAACUCAACCGGUACCGAUCCCUACCUCGGCUUUAUCGAUUUCUUCUACCCUAACAUCGACAACGACGACUUUAGCGCGCACUAUGCCCCCCAUUGUUUUACUCAAAUCCGCAACGACAACGACAACUUCCUCGAUCACUGCACCGAUCAGUGAAAUAACUCCUACAUUCGUUUAUUCGAAUGAUUCUGCUUCAACGUCGAUCGGUGCUGCUGAUGUGUCCACUUUAACUUCUUCUUCUAAUUUUGGAUUCUUGCCUGGACCGAUCGUUUCGCAUGUUGAAGAUACUAAAACUUCGUCAGCAGUUUCAUCGAUUCCUUCUGGUAGCUUCCCAUCGAUGAUGGCUUCGAGCGAGGUCGUUUCAAACACCUCGUCAAUGAUCGAUGUUGCUGAAGAAAAACAAGAGAUCGAGGAUGUUGAAAAAUUACACGAAGAGAGCACGAACGAAGAUGUCAAUGUUGAUGGUUACGUGACAGCUACGGAAUGUUCGAUCACGCCUACGGCGAGAUCUCGAAGCGAAUCUUUCGUGACAUCUCCAGAAUGCGACGACGUUGUAGUUUCAUCAAUAAUACCAGCUACUUCUUCGAGCUCAACUUGGUGGAAGCCGGAAGAACCGACGAAAGAGCCGGAAAUAAUAAUUCCUGUGAAAGUUGAAAAGCCCAACGUGUCGAUGCAAAGUACCAAAGUCGAAGCAAAAAAUGAGUUGGUACCGAUAGGGAAAGUCGUUUCCAUUGAGAAGACCACGGAGGAGAGAUCUGGAAAGAUCGUAAAGGAGGUCACGGAAACGACUACUUUACAUGUCUCGCACGAUACUCAUUUAGGGGUGGCAUCUUAUAAAGUUACCUCAAAUACGUUGCAAGAUUACACGCAAAACGUGGAUGUUAAAGAGAUGCAAGAUUCUCAUCAUGUAGUAAUCGAAGAUCCAAAUAAAAGAUUGAAUGGUAUCGAUCGAGAAAUCGAUACCAUUUUUAUGAAAGGUCUGUCUGACGAAUCUUUAUCUAAGGACGAAUCUUCGAAGAGAACACCGACUUGUACUAAGAUGAUCAAGGAGAUUACAACCGACGAAGAAAAAUCGCAUACGAUUAGCAAGGAAACGAAAAAUGUUUGUUCGAUCACGAAAACUUACACGAGACAUCACGAAGACAGUGGUAUCGAGAUGUCUCCAACAAAACGCGAUAAAGAUGAAAUCGAAGGGGAGGAGUUUUUGGAAAACGCAAGGAAGACGAGAUUAGCGAAAAUGGUGGAUGGACACAAUUCGAUGGAGAUGGACAAGAGUCCAGAAGGAUCUGGCGGGGAUUUGCAAACUACUGCAGAGGAUAAAGAACAUUCGCAGCAGCAGAUUACCAACGGGAGUACACCUACGACGACCAUAAGUACGAUAGCUGUGCAAAGUGGAGAAACGCGUCUGGUGAUCGCGUUGCUUCAGAACGGAGAAUGGCUACGAUUAAAAGUUUUGGAGGUACAACCAGAAUUAACGAAACUUGGUUCGUCGGUGAAAGAAGCUACGGAAUUAUCGAACGCUCACAAUGAAGUUCUUUUGCGAUUGCAGAGCAAACAAAGUCCGGUGGAAGAAUUAUUGCGUCAAGCCGAUCAAUUGAUUUCGACACAAAGACCAAGGGCGGAAGUUUAUGCUGCUAUGGCCGAAACGUUGGGCCAGGCAUGGCGUGAUGUGAAUGAUUUGUUGGAACGACGAAAACAGAUUCUUGAUUCCAACGUACUCUUUCAAUGCCGUGCUGAAGAAUGUGGAGAAAGCAUGAAGGCUCUCGAGAUGGCAUGUAACGAUACUCUAUUACCGAUCGAGAUCGAAGCGGUGAAAAACUUCCUAUCGAAGAUACACGAUCUUCGAAAGACCAUGCUCGAAGCAUUGAUGGGUGCGUUGCAAGAAGGGAAAACAUUGUUAGAUAAAUUGAAGGAAAUUGCGAACGAGGGUACUUUGGAUUCCAGACCCGAUAAAAUUAAGAUCGAAGCUGAUCAUGCCGUGCUGAAGGUUGAAAGAUGGCUGGAGGAUCUUCACGACAAGAGACGACUGAUUGAAGCUUCUUUUCGUAGUAGAAAAAAUCAAUUGGAGCAGUGUCUUGCGCUUGCUUUAUUGGCAACCGAUCUUCGGGAUCUCGAAGAGAUUCUUAACGAUAGAAUUGCUGCUUUGUCAAGCACAUGCGAUCAACUCGGUGAUUCCUCAUCUAGCGCAGAAUUGCUUCUUUUCGAACUGAAGAAAUUGCAGGCCGAGGCGAAAGAGUUUCAAGAUCGAUCAAUCAAGAUUACGAAAUCGACCGAACGAUUGGUGUCAUCGGGACACUUCGCUGGCGAGCAGGCGACCGAACAGGCUUAUGCUAUACUCGGCGCAGCAGCCGAUUAUGUCAACGAUUUGGAUCAGUACGAGACACUGUUGAACAGAGCUGUAGCUUUUUUCGAGGCCGCACGAUCGGCUAUCACGAAAUUGGAUCAAUUGGAGAUUCAACUGGUGACGACGGAACAUCCACCAUUUUCAGCACGUUUAGCACGCUUUCAUGCUCAGACGGUUAGCACGAUCGAGGACGUUACCUCAAAACCUUUGAUGGAAGGAUACGCCUUGCUAGAUAUCACGGGAAGAGGAGCGCCCGGAGCUGAGGGUGUGAAACGUACCGUCGAGGAACUAGAAAGUCGAAAGAUACGUUUGUUAGAACGAUGCACUGCUCACGAGGAAGAGAAUCUCGAAAUAUCCAGAAUGAUAAAUGUUUUCUUGGAGAAACACGAGGAAUUGCACAUUUGGUUGACCAACAUUGCCGAAGCAUUUCUUCAAGGUCAUCAGGAUAUGGGUAGCGACUUGCCAAUGGCUAAGGAUUUUUAUAGGCUUCAUAGUCAGCUUUUGGACGAUUUGGAGAAACGAACGAACGAGGUGGAACAUUUGGAAUUUGAGAUACUUCCGAUACGUGAACGAUUGGAUGACGCGCAAAGGCGAGAGUUUCAAACGAAAAUAAUCGAGCUGCAGAAUUCUUGGGCGAAAACGAAGAAUAUAGUUGCUCGUAGAAUAGAUCUUGGUUUUCUCUACGUACAGUUUCAUGAGAUUGUUGAUGAACUGAGGAACAGAAUAGAAUCGUUGGAAAAUGAUUUGACGAGCAACGCUGAUGUUCUAAACGAAACGAAAAUCGAGGAUUUGAAGUCUAAAUGGAAAGCUCUUCAGCCAGUUUAUCUGAGACUUUCUAAUAGUGGUAAAGUUUUUCUAGAUGAAGCUGCUAAGAUUAAUGAUCCGUAUCUGGAUAUACCAAGAGCAUGCUUAUGCGUGGAGACGUUGUUGGAGAAAUUUGCAAACAGACAAUUGACUAUUACCGAAUCUUGGGAAAAAUGGCAAACGACUAUUAAAAUAUUGAGGGAACGACGAAUCGAGCAUGAACGAAAAAUCGAAGAAAGUACUAGGACGUUAGAGUGGGUUUCCAAGUUCGGCGAACAGUUGUAUCCGGUUAUAACUUGUCAGUCGACACGAGUUGAUUCAAUAAUUCGUGAUUUGGAAGGAUCGAGACGACGUAUAUUACCCGAACUAAACAAAGCUGUCGACGAAUUAGAUGCAAGAAUUAAAAGUAUCGAUAAUUUGGUUGAAAAAGGUGAGAUGCAGAUCGAUCAAGAAAUGUCGGAAAAGUUAUUGCAAAUGUAUGAGAAAUUGCAUUCCACGGCUAAAAAUUACAAAGAUCUAUUGAUGUCUCUGAUUUCAAUAUUUGAAUGCCUUCACGAGGUGGAACAUAAGACGGAUGAGGCUAAAAUGAAAGUCGAUCAUAUAACGUCCUUCUCUAAAUCGUACGACGUUGAUGCAGCUUUGAACGAUCUUGAAAUGAUGAAACGAACGAUUACAGAGUCCCUGAAGCAUAUUCAAACGGAGAUUGAAGCAGUCAUUGUUAGGAUAAAACAAUUGGAACCACUGGAUGCUGCUUUACAGGAUAUAGAGAAAUUGAGGCAGGCUUUGGAUAAUGUUACCUCUCCGUUCCAAACAUUCACAGUUGAAACAUUAACGCGGAUCGAAGAACAUCGUCGGAUUUGUAUCUUUGGCGAGGAUCUCUCGCGUAUCGACUCGGAUUUACGUGAUUUGAACGACCAAUUACAAGCUGUCGAUGCAAGAAUUCAUGAGAAUUUACAAGCUGCCAAAGUAGCGGCCGCUGCUUUCAGUCAAUUCGAGGCAACUAUGACGAUUUUGGAAGAAAGAAUAGACGUCUUUGUAAGAACGACAGAAGAUAAUAUAGUGACCUUGGCACCACAUGUGAGAAAUGAUUUGACAUCCUUGAAAGAAAAAUGGAGAGAUUUGAAGUCCCGCAUGGAGAACUCCAAAAAGCGAAUGGUCUUGUGUAUUCAAUAUUUCGAACUUUUAGAAGAGGCCAAAGAAUGGUAUAGAGAGGGUGGCAAACUUUUGAUAGUUAUCGCUAGGAAAGCCACUAGUGUGAAAGUUCCAAAAGAUGCUACUGAUUUGCUACAAGAAAUCGAUAAUUACUUGAAACCAGGUGAACAGAAUCAGGACAACAGAAUUGAAAGAUUAAAGGAAUUGUCUACGAUUAUUUUUGGUACCGAUAGAUUGCCCCAGUUCAACGAAGUUAUAGUUGAGAAUCGGCAGAUGUUAGAUUCAUUCGCCGUUAUUUCAUCGGAAUUGCGUACCUUAGUGCAGAAUUUACAAAAUGCCGAAGACUUGAGGGAAAAGCUAAGAAUGGAAAAGUUGGAAGCUGAUGAGAAAUUACAUGCCGUUAAAAGAGAAAUGGCAGCUGCCGAGGCAGCCAGAAAGGAGGCUGAAAAUGCGAGAAAGGUGGCGGAGAAACUUGCCGCAGAAACAUUGGAACGUGCCGAGAUAGAAGCGAAGAGAUUGAAAGAGGAAAAGCUUGCUAAACUCGAAGCUCAGAAGAUCACAACACAGCCGCCGUCAUUUUCUGUAUCUGCUCAGACGGAUAAAUUUGAGAGUACCGAUGAAAAAUAUAUUCACGAGACUCAUACAUCGGCCGUAACGAAAAAGGAGAUUCAUAUUUUACAAAAGAUGGAGGUAGAGAAGAUCGUACCCAUCGUGCACAAAGAGCCAAGCCCACCAAAGCAAAUAAUAACCAAAGAAUCCCAUAAAUCAACCGUACAUGAAGUGGAACAAAAGAUAUUUCCUGAAUUCACUAUCCCUUUGAACGACGCAACUGUUCAAGAGGGUGAAAAGUUUACUUUCGAGUGCCGCUUGAUCGGAUAUCCCAUACCAGAAGUGGUCUGGUACAAGGAUGGAAUAUCCAUUUUAAAUAAUCCUGAUUAUCUCACCACUUUCCAUCAAGGAAUUUGUAGUCUUACAAUCGAAGAAACAUUUGCAGAAGAUUCAGCAAGAUUCACUUGCAAGGCAUUUAAUAAUCUUGGAUCUGCUGAAACAUCAGCAAUGCUUACGGUCAAAGAAACAGCACCAGAAGAGCAACCCAGUCCUCCUGUCUUUGUCAAAGAAUUACAACCAUCGGUGGCAAUCGAAGGUUCCUCUUAUCGAUUAGAUUGUACAGUAGAAGGAAAUCCAUUACCAACAGUUCAGUGGUACAAAAACGAAACCAAUAUCGAUAAUUCUCCUGACUACAUUAUAACUUAUAACAACGGUGAAGCUUGUCUAAGUUUUGAAGAAAUUUUCUUAGAUGAUAGAGCUAUCUAUAUCUGCAAAGCCACCAAUCGACUUGGACAAGUGUCUACUUCUGCUAUGCUCGAUGUAGAAUCAAUGGAAACAUCUACGGAAAAACCUCAUUUCUUGACACCAUUAUCCAACGCGAUGGCGAGAGCAGGGCAGAGAGUAAAACUAGAAUGUGAAGCUACCGGUAAUCCAAUGCCGCGGUUAUCUUGGACACACGAUGGAAAACCGAUAGAUGAGACCACUCACACGAAAAUUCAAACAGAGGGUGGUCGAACAAGUUUGAUAAUUUCGGAAGCUUUUCCGAAAGAUGCUGGAUGUUAUACGGUGAUAGCUAAAAGUGAUGUAGGCGAAGCGAGUGUAUCGUGCAAUGUAUCGGUGAAAGGACGUCUUCCUCGUGAAACCAGCGAUUCCGAGUUCGCUUGCAGUGACAUGGAACCUACAGAACCAAAGAUUCAACUUCGUCUGAAGGAUCAUGAAGUUCUCGAAGGGCACACGGUCAGGUUGGAUUGUGUUAUAGUUGGGCAACCGGAGCCUGAGGUAAUUUGGUAUCACAAUGACAAGCCCGUAAAGGAAUCGGCAGAUUUUCAAUUACUAUUUCAAGGCGACAAGUGCUCUUUGAUUAUUCAUGAAGCUUUUGUGGACGAUGCUGGAGUGUACAGAGUAGUCGCCAUUAACUGUGGCGGUGAAACGUCUAGUCAGUGUACAUUAAAAGUUAUACCAAUUUCUCAUCAUUCGGAAGACGUGGACUCAAAAGACAAAGAAGCUUCCGAAUCAGCAAUACAUAAUUCACCACCAAAGUUUGUGAAAUUGCCAACUGAUUCUUUGGUAGCUGAAGGUGAGGAUGUGAGUUUCGAAUGCGCAGUAACUGGUGAACCGAAACCAGAAGUCAAAUGGUACUUUGACAACAAUGAAAUCGUAGCAGACAAUAGAAUCUUGAUAAAACAAAAGGAAGAUGGUACGAUUAUGAUGAAAAUUUUAUCAGCCAUCCCAGAAGAUAAAGGUAAUUAUGUAGUCAAGGCUACGAAUAUUUGCGGAGAGGCUAAGGCUUUUGCUAGAUUGGUUGUGCGAUCGUUGAGCGACUUCAGGAAGAAAGAAGAAUUUAUCAAAAUGGAAGAGAAAUUGAUAGCACCGAAUUUCAAAGAACGAUUUGCGAGCAGACUCGUACCAGAAGGAGUAUCUACGAAAUUCGAAUGUAUUGUUAUUGGAAAACCUGUCCCUAAGAUUCAGUGGUUGUUCAACGAUCGACCGGUCCAUGGAAAAGAUUUCUUGGUCUCCGUUAGUGGCGAUCGGCAGGUGCUGACGAUACCAGAAACCGGAAGUUCGCAUGCUGGAACAAUAUCUUGCGUGGCGGAGAACACCGCCGGUAAAGCGACUUGCAACGCCAAAUUAGAAAUCGAUAUCGAGCCGAAGAAGGAGGAAGGUAUAGAAAGGGUACUUGAAUUGGUUGAAGUAAAACCUGUCGAAGACAUGCACGCGGCAAGUAGUAGCGACAAACAUUUCUCGGCUGAAAAGAUGUCGGACGAAGGAGGAUUAGGCAGUCAAAUUCUAACUAAAAUGUCACAAACCAUCACGGAAUCCACAACAACUCAUACAUCCACGAAGAAGGAGUUUAUAUCAUCGACGAUGUCCUCAUCAACGGCGACACCUGGACAAGAACCUACUAGUGUUACCGUGAAGAGUACUAUUCACAGUACUGAACAAUCAACCUCUGAGAAUGGUGCUCCUCCUGUUGUUCAGUCACAGAAAAUCGAGGAGUUUGAAAAGAUUGUCCAAGAUCAGCCAGGUGAAAUUCGUCAAGAGAAAACCGUUGUGGUGUCUCAAGGCGAGGAAGGUAUAAAACGUGAUGGAAAGACUAUGCAAGUUCAAAAGCCAAGUAGGAAAUCAACAGCACCGAGAUUCGUUUCACCAUUAACAGGAAUGAUCGUGGAUCAAGGCGCUGAUGUCAUCCUUGAAGGAAUCGUUGAUGGUUAUCCGCAACCGAAUAUUUCUUGGUCAAAGAAUGGACAAGAAUUACAGCCUAAGGACGGUGCCAAGACGAGUUAUGCUCACAAUCACGUACGCUUAGAGUUGAAGAAUGUCAACGUAAAAAAUGCCGGACGUUACACUUGCACUGCCAGUAAUGAGUGUGGAUCAGCGAGCAGUACUGCUGAUCUUGUGGUCAAAAAAACAAUCUUCCCACCUGUAUUCGGUAGACGUUUACAAGCACAAGUUGUGAAACGUGGCGAUCGUGUUCUUAUGGAAGUUGAAAUCACUGGUACUCCAGAGCCUACAGUUACUUGGUAUAAAGAUGACGUUCCUAUCAAAGAACAACCACCUGCAUUGAGAAUAAGACAACAGGGCAAUUGUUACAUACUGCAGAUCGAUAAAGCUGAGAAAGCAUAUGCCGGAAAAUAUAUGGUACGUGCGAUUAAUGCUGGCGGUGAAGCUCAAAGCAUAGCAGAUUUUGCUGUGUUCGAACCUACACCCGAUACUAUGAUGGAAGUUCACAAGACGGUUAUUUAUGAGAAUGUUCAAGAUAAAAAGAUUAUCCAACCUGACGGAAAAAAGUUCGAUGUACCGUCAGCAACUCUGAAGACAGAGCAAGCAGCAGCGACAACGAUCCAGCCAAGUUCUAUUUUAAAAACUAUUCCAACUCCAAGUCCAACUCCAGCAUCUACCUUAUCCACAAUCCGUACAACCCAAGUAAUCGAAGAGCCAGAGAUGAAAACUUGUCGAUCGGAAACGAUCUCGUCAACGUUUGAAACUCAUCAAACCGAGACUAAAUCAGAGCAAAAGUUCCACAUGAAGUUGGAACACAAAACUCCGCCGAUAAUCGAACCGAGAGCUCGUCCCGAGCUAACGACCACGGUAAAGCAAGUUACUCAAGAGGAAAUCAGUUCUAAAUUUACCGAGCCAAAAUCUGCGACCGUGGAAGAAGCAACGAAAAUCGAAAACGAGAAUAUAGAGACUUCGACUAUCGCGAGAAAAGAUGCAUUAAGUUUCUUUGAGUCUAUUACGAAGGAAAGUGAGACUGUACCGAAGGGACCUAAAGAAAUGAUCAAGUUGAUUGACGAUGCUGAUGGAAAGGGACACGAAGUCAAGGUUGGAAAGCUAACGCAAAGUUACGAACGAUCUACCGCUUUUCAGGAGAUAAAAAAACCUGAGCCGAAACCGACGGACUUUCAAACGACUAAGAAAACUGUCCAGGAUAUUUUUACCAAGUUAGAACACGGAUCCUCGUCGCGCGGGGUGGAUAAUAAAUUAUUUGAUUUUCCAUACGAGGAAUACAAAUCACCAUCGUUAGACACGAGAAAGACGCUUUUAGAAGAUAUCACUGUAUCGGGUCCACCGGUCGAAACGAUUUCAAGAUUACAAACUCAAUCUGAAAGAACUGAAACAAUGACGGAAGGAUUCAAUCUGGUACCGGAACCACCACCCGAAAUAGGAUACAUGCCUAAGCCCGAAGAGAUUAAAAAAAAGAGCCCUGAGGUACCACUCAAGGCCAAGCAACUUCAAGAAUCUUUUGAAAAAACUUUAUCCCCUAUCGAUGCCCCGGUUGGUGGUGUGAAAAUAUUUCCUAUAAGUCCUCAAAAGGUUCCGGAGAGUCCCAAGAUUACGAAGAAAUCCUCUAUGAUUCCACCUCCACCCUUUGAGCUUGAAAAAAAGGAAGUCAUUGAAGAAAUAUGCAUUAAGAAGGAUGUUCAUGAGAAAAAGGACACUAAGAUAUUGAAGGAAGAAAAAGUCGAACCACCAAAGUUCGUUCCAGCACCGAGUGCCAGACCACCGUCACCUCCUAGACCCUGGUCGUCCUCUUCGGACAUAGAAACGAGAUCACACGUAUCCACGGAUAUUUCGGAAUAUAGAUGUCAUUCUGCCGCAUCCAGUCACCAAGAGAUAUUACGAUCAACUUCACCGCGACCUUCUGCCGAUGGUUUAGCGAUGGAAAAGUCAUGGGCAAAAAAAUGUACAGAUGCUACACGAAAAUCUUGGCCACCACCAUGUGAUUCUACUACGACGAUACCUAAACAAUUGCCUGGAGAAGAUUAUAAGAGCUCGACAAAAGAAUUUAGACAGGAAACCGAACACACAUCAGACGGGGGUAUUAAAAAGACGAGUAUGGAGUCUUCGAGUACCUUAGAGAAACGUUCUUGGAGUUCGAAACAGGAAUCAAUGGAGAAAGUUAUAGAAAGAGCACCUUCGCCGCCCAAGGUAAAACCAAUUAUUUAUAAGGCUGAAACCAUUAAAGUCGAUCAUGCCAUUAAUACUAUUCAAGAAAAAUCGAUGCAUGAAAAGUAUACAUCGGAAUACGACAUACAGAAACAGGCAAGUUCCGAAAAAACUAUCGAAGAGUUUUCAGUAAAAAGUCCCUGGUCAGUGGAAACGGAUUUAAAAGCACCUGGCUUAGUAAAAAGUGUCGAACCACCGAAGAAAAUAUUUGUCCCACCGCAGGAAUCUUUGAUGACAACCGAAUCCUAUUCGUAUGAUUCGGUUAUUUUGGAACCUGGUCCACCACCGGAAAUUGGCUAUGUGCCACCGCCGAUGGUAAAAGAGAAAAAAAUAGAGAAGAUCGAGAAAACGCUAGAGAUGUCAUUAGAGACCAAACCGGCUAAGAUUCCACCGGGUGCUAUUAGAACCAUACCACCACCAGUUUCGCAAAAAAAGGAAGAACCACCUCCGGUUCUACCACCCAAAGAUGUUCGAAUCACUCCACCACCUAUUCCUGCGAAACAAUCUCUCUUGGAUAAUUUAGAACCUUUUCCGUUCAAACCAUCUUCGUCUCCAACGAUAACUAAAUCAGCCACGAAACUUUUGCCACCUCCAACGCCAACUAAAUUUGUUAAGGGAACUUUCGGAAGUGAUUACGAAUCGGACAUAGACAUUCAUGUGAAGCCAAAAUGGCGACCUUAUGAAAGCGACAGCGAGGAGCCACGUUAUCGCAGAGUACAAGCACCGAUAACCAAGCAAACCAUUAGACCAAGAUCAACGGAACCAGAACCGUUACCUCCUUCCAAAUUUGAUAUUCCUCCAGUCGAAUUUUCAGGUCCGUCCAAAUCUAUAUUAACCGAAGAAACUCAACAGAAGAUGUAUAAGAAAACAACUUUCAAACGACACGAAAAGGAAACAAAAGAACAGCCAAAAUAUCAGCCUAGUCAAACUCAAACUCCUCCUAUCGUUCUAAAGCCAGGUUCUCCACCAAUUUACGUUCAACCAACCAGCAAACCUCAAGCACCUAAGUCUCCACCAACGAAAAAACCAGAGUCUCCAAAGUUCAAGGUGAAGACUUUCCAACAAGAGAGUGGUUAUAUGGCAGACACGGACGAGCCGUUACAACAAAAAGCUUCCAAUAUUACCAUUCAGAAAAGCUUUGGAAAGCACGAUGGUUCCACCAGUUCGGCAAGCUCGCACAUAGAAUCUCGCACGUCCUAUUCCGAAAGCAAAUCUGAAUACUUUGAAAGUAAAAGUUAUCACAGUCACCAACAACAGAAGAAAGACGUGUCAUCUUUCGUUCCAACUACACCUUCACCUCCCAGUUCCUUACCAAGUCAAAAACCUGCCGUCCAACAGCGAACGUCGUUUAUUGAGAAGACAUAUUCUUCAUCGAGUGGAAUCGAGCCCACUAAGUUAAAAACUGCGAAGGAGACAGUUUAUACCACGGAUCUUUCUUCGCCUCGAAAAAUGGAUACAAUGCGGAAGGCACCCUCUCCAAGCCCUUCCAAAUUUGUCAAGGGCGAAUUUCGUGAGAGUGAUUACGAAAGCGAUUACGAUGGUAGAAUCUCGUCUGUCUGGAAACCCCGCGGUACUGAGAUCGAUGAUCGUUCUUUCAAACCAGUGAAACCUACUCUAACUGGUUCAGGAAAACCUAAGGAACCAAUCGUGGCAACACCAUCAGAAAAAAGAAUCGAAGAAACGCCAUCGAGCUUCGGUCAAAGAACAUCGAUGAAAGAGAUCGAGCAAGAGAGUCGGGUAGAAGAUAGAUCGGUCGUUACACCGACUAAAAUAAAGCAAGUUUUAUUACCUGGUUCUCCACCUGAAAUCGCUUACGCUCCACCUCAUGGUCAAGAAACGUAUUACGAAGCACGAGCGGGAAUGCCCUAUCAUAACGCAAUUGGUACGGAAACUAGGAAAACGGUUCGAAUGGAUGAAUCGACGGAAAAUAGUAGAAGAAUCGUCACAGUUGAACAAACUAGUCGGGUCAUCAAGUUUGGUGAUGCACAGAAAACAACAAGCGAUCUUGGUCCCUUAGAUUCAAUGAAGACGCAAAAACAAGAGAAAUCCUAUUAUCGUGUACCGACUCCUAAAAAGUUUGUACAGGGCCAAUUUAGGGAGUCCGAUUACGAAAGUGACGUUGAUUCUAGUAGAAUUAGACCAAAGUGGGCACCUGCAGAUAGCGACUCGGAGGAUCCAAGAUACAGAAGAGUUCAACCUCCUUCUGGGAAAAGUAUUAGAUCGAGCAGUCUUCCGGUUAGACAAGAACAUGUGGUUUCACCGUUGGAAUUUGAUACUGGUCCACCGCCGAUGAAAAGACAAACAUCGAUGACUCAGCUUCGUGAUGAGAUCAAAUCCAGCAAACUUGAGUCACAGAAAUUUCAACAGCCGCCAUUUUCAAGGCAAGACGAGCAAGUUUUGCAGCCUGGCUCACCCCCGGAAUUUGGUUUCGUAUCCAGGAACGAGGUCAAAAAGGCUGCCAAUCACGUGGCGUCACGUCACAUGAGUGAUAUGACGAGUACCUUCAAAUCCAAGACCGAAAAAUUCGUAAGCGACAUUCAAUCGGAUCUGAAGCAAGGUAAACCAAUCUUAAAACAUCCUGCUGAGAGUCGUGUUAGCGACGGUGACGAGCCGCGGACGUAUAGAGAAGAAUCUCGAGUUGCUGAACACGGAAUGAAGCAAAUCGAUCCGGAUACUGGACUAAUAUACUUCAAGUAUGACUUCGGCUAUGAAUUUGGAAUCGUUUUACCUGGCGAGGGUAAAAAGACUAUCACUAGUACCAAUAAAACGAUCCAGGGUCAAAGACGGGCUAGUGACAUCGAGGUGCCUAUCGUUCAUGAAUUUACUACCAAGAAAGAAAAUGGUUAUGCGAAAAAAGGGACGACUACGUCCUCAUCGUCGACUCGUUCGACUAAAUCUGCUACCACUAAGUUUGGCCCUUCGAAAACAGUAAAAUGGGAACCAACGUCCGAGAGUGAAUUUUCUGAAGCCGAGGAUACGAAGAACGCUAGAAGAAGAUAUCCUGGCGUUGGUGGAGAUACCAUGCCACCACCACCGAAUCUCGUUAUACCUUGUUCACCGUCACCGUCCAGAUGGGAUCACACCACGCCCAGUCCGCUUUCCCUCAGUCCAAGCUUGCCGAGUCUCUCUCCCCGAUACAGUAGCGCUACUGGACCACCCAGCAACGUGGAUUCUGCAGGUUCGCCAUGGCCAACGAGUAACGGAGUCGCAUCUACUAAAGAAGUAAUCCAGCCUUAUCUUGAAAUAUUACCAAAGAAAGCUCCUCUCUUUAUCACGCCUUUGAGAGACAUUGCUGUUGUGAGUGGACAAACCGCGAGAUUCGAGUGCAUUGUUCAGGCAGAACCACAACCAAAUAUCUUGUGGUCGAAGGAUGGUAGAAUUAUUGAAAAUUCCUCCAACUAUGAAAUACAUUACAGAAAUGGUGUUUGUCGUCUAACUAUCGCUCAUGCUUUUCCUGACGAUGCCGGGACUUACGCUUGUACUGCCACGAAUGGUUUAGGAUCCACUGUAACUUCCGCUACCUUGCAGGUUCCAGGUGUAUCCCCGCAAUUUGACACGAGCAAUCGAGAACGAUCCGUUAAUGAGGAAUUAUUGGAAUGUUCACCGAGGUACGUAGCACUGAAGGAUCUCUUUCUACCUCAAGAAGAAAUCAAGCUCACCAUAACGAAUCAUCGGCACGCAUCGAUUUACGAAUUUGCACUGGCAUCUAAUUACAGCUGCGAGAACAGGAGUUAUCUUGAAAAUUGUACCGGUGAAUACGAUUACGACGAAAGGACAGGAGAACCGUACGCUAAGUCAAAACGUCUCGAUUUUUCUGAUAUUGAGAGAAACGGGACGUAUUGCGACCUCGAUCAGGACGACGAGAACGAGGAUGAUUUGCAUACGCAGUCAUUUCGUAGGAUCGAGUCGAACGUCCAAGGGGAAAUAGUAAUGCAAACGACGCCAACGAUACCAACAUUCACUGGCAGACCAGGUGAUCCGUCACCUCCGGUUUUCGAGCAGAUCUUUAAAAAUGCAAGAUUCGCCCAGGGUGGAAAUGCCAUUUUCGAAGGAUGUGUACGUGGAAAUCCAAAGCCGAACGUUUCUUGGACUCACAAGGGUGCUCCUUUAUUGGAAUCACGAAAAAUUCGGAUGUCUUACGACGAUAAGACCGGCGUGGUUACGUUACAAAUCAAUCAGAUAGGUCCAGGAGAUGAGGGUGAAUAUACAUGUAGUGCCAAAAAUCAAUACGGAGAAGCGAUCUGCUCGGUCUACAUUCAACCGGAAGGAUUCGGACCUCCGCCUCAACAGCAAUUAGGUAGUUAUAAAAAGGAAUUUGCUCAAACCUUCCAAACGACUGAACAAAAGACUGGUAGCCAGACUUUUCAGCAACGUAGUUAUCAGCAAAUGUACGACAAGCGAAGUUAUGUCAAUGGAACGUCUAGCAUUGAGGAUUUCAAGGUGGAUACUUUCGAAUAUAGAUUGUUGCGUGAGACGGAGUUCCGAGAAUCGAUUACACGUCGUUUUGUAGGCGAAUCAGACUCGCAGAUUUCUACGGUAAUUGAUCGUAGUCUAGGUCCGGUCGCACCAGCACAAAUCGUUCAAAAACCGAGAAAUUCGAAACUCAUUGAAGGAUCCGAUGCCGUUUUUACUGCUAAAGUAACUGGAAAUCCAAAACCAAGGUUGACUUGGUUCAAAAAUGGCCAGAGGAUCCGCGACUCACAACGCGUGGAAAUGAGUUAUUCAAAUCAGCAAGCGACUCUGAAGAUCAGGGUCGCUCUACCGGAAGAUAGUGGCCAUUAUACUUUAUUAUCUGAAAAUCAACAAGGUUGUACAGUAAGCUCGGCGUAUCUAGCCAUUGAAUCUAGUGAUCAAGUCGAUCAAGCGGUUCAUCAAAUGCAACAAAGAGAUAUUGCGAAAAGCCAACAAAUAGAUUCUUCGUCAUCAGAAUCUGAAACUGGUAAAGUACUUCCGCCUAAUUUCGUUCGUACUUGCGCUGAUCGAGAAGCUACCGAAGGAAAGAUGACAAGGUUUGAUUGUCGUGUAACGGGUCGACCAUAUCCAGAAGUAACAUGGUACAUCAAUGGACAACAAGUAGCCAAUGAUUUAACUCAUAAAAUUCUUGUUAAUGAAUCGGGUAAUAAUUCGUUGAUGAUUACCAACGUGAGUCGCGUUGAUGCCGGUGUCGUCACUUGUAUUGCCAGAAACAAAGCUGGUGAAACGUCUUUUCAAUGCAAUCUCAACGUCAUCGAGAAAGAACAAGUUGUUGCACCGAAAUUUGUCGAACGUUUUACGACUACUAAUGUUAAAGAAGGUGAACCUGUAGUAUUUACGGCACGUGCGGUUGGCACUCCUGUUCCACGAAUCACCUGGCAGAAGGAUGGUGUACCAAUUGCACCGGGUCCAGAGGUGCGCAUAUCGAUGGAUGGCAGUGGAGCAUCGACUUUGGAUAUACCUUGCGCUAAAUUUUCUGAUGCCGCAUGGUAUCAAUGUACUGCACAAAAUGUGGCUGGCUCCACUGCAACCCGAGCACGGCUUUUCGUUGAAACACCGAAGGGAGCCGCACCUGAACCAAGACGCUUGAAUUUACCCCGACCGACAAAAAUCAUCGAACCAGAACCAACACCUGGCCCCGAAGUGAUCUACCUAAGACACGUAGAACGAGCCAAACCAUAUUUGCCUCCUCCUGAAGAAGAUAAAAUUUAUUCACCACCACGUUUUAUCAUACCAUUAAGAGAUGUGCAUCAAAUUGAAGGUGGACGUAUUCACUUCGAGGCCAGAAUCGAACCGGUGGGCGACCCCACUAUGAGGGUUGAGUGGUAUGUAAAUGGAAGAGCUCUCGACGCAAGCUCACGCGCUACAUCCAUCUUUCGAUUCGGCUUUAUUUCUCUCGAUCUCAUCAGCAUAGUUCUUCAAGAUAGCGGUGAAUAUCUAUGUCGCGUCGUUAGCUCUACCGGAGUUGCUGAAUCUCGUGCCACUCUUAGCGUGACACCACGCGCUACGAUCGAACAAGCUAGCCAACACCCCGACAGCCUUCAAUAUAUCCAACAGCUCGAGGAUUAUAGCAAAUAUCAAAGGCAGGAGAGCGUGGAGGAGAUAUCAUCUUCACAACGACCGGUCUUCAUCCGACCACUCCAGGAUCUUGGUGAGCUACAGGAAGGUCGUAACGCUCAUUUUGAGGCGCAAUUGACACCUGUUAGUGAUCCCACCAUGAAAGUGGAGUGGUACAAGGAUGGUAGACCUAUCACAGCUAGUUCAAGAAUCACAACCAUCUUCAACUUCGGAUACGUCUCGCUCAAUAUAUUGCACCUACGGGCUGAAGAUGCAGGUUCUUAUACAGUUAAAGCUGUGAAUCGUUUGGGAGAGGCUAUCAGCUCCGCGACUCUCCGUGUUUUUGCAAGAACGAGUGUUACAACAGAUUUAGGUAUUCCUGAGCAACAGAGAUAUAUUGAAGCUGCCGAGGAGUUGGAAGCUUACCAACAGGCUAUUCAUCAAAAAUAUGUACAAGAACAGCCUGAACCGACUAGCCCACCGGAAUUUAAAUCGCCUAUUAAGGAUCAAAAUGGAAUACGAGAAGGCGGGUUUGCUCAUUUUGAAGCCCGCUUAGAGCCAAUUGGUGACGCUGAUUUACGCGUUGAAUGGCUCAAAGAUGGACGCCCUGUAGAAGCCAGUUCACGAAUUACAACAUUCUUUAAUUUCGGUUAUGUUGCACUUACUAUUAAAUAUGUCACGAUCCACGACGUUGGCGUUUAUACAUGCCGUGCUUAUAACAGAGUUGGUGAGGCCCAUACCACCGCUCAAUUGAGUGUCAUUAGCAAAAACGAUGUUAUCUAUGACAGUCAACAUCCUACCGGCUUACAAAGAAUUCAAACGCUUGAGGAUUCGAGCAAAUAUAUGCGUCAAGUACAAGAGGAAGUACAGGUGAAGCAAGCACCACGUUUCUUAGGUACUUUGAAAGGGACCAAUAAGAUCGUCGAAGGUCAGCGUGCACACUUUGAAGCACGAGUCGAACCUCAAAGUGAUUUAACUAUGAAAAUUGAGUGGUAUCAUAAUGGCAAACCGAUUACUGCUGCUAAUAGGAUUCAAACCUAUCAUGAUUUUGGAUAUGUAGCGAUCGAUAUUCUUCAAGUUCGACCUGAAGAUGCUGGUACAUAUACCGUAGUCGCAAGAAACGCUCUUGGCGAAGCUCAACUUUCAGCGACUAUGAUCGUCGAAACACGCUUGAGUGUAGAUACCAGCAGUAUGCAUCGUGGUACUUUUGAAAAAACUCAACGUCUCGAAGAAUCUAAAUUCGUCGAACCACAAUAUCACAUCGAAGAAAUAUCUAAAUCAAAACCCAUUUUCGUACAACCAUUAAGUGAUCCAAAGCCAGUUAGCGAAGGAAAAAAUAUUCAUUUGGAGUGCCGUUUAGAACCAAUGGGAGAUCCAACUAUGAGAGUCGAAUGGUUUCAAAAUGGACGACCUGUAACAGUUGGUUCAAGAUUCAGAACUUAUUAUGACUUUGGUUUCGUCGCCCUAGAUAUUGUACAUUCAACGAUUUAUGAUUCGGGAGAAUAUACUGUUAGGGCUACCAAUCAUCUUGGUACUGCACAUACUUCUGCUUGUGUCAGAGUAAUCGGUAGAUCUGAUGUUGUUACAGAAACACAAAACGAACAGUCGCUUGAACAAAUUCAAAUGUUAGAGGAUUCUUCCAGAUAUCGUAAAACUCAGCAAGAAGAAGUUACAGUAAUGCAAGCACCUCAAUUUACUCGAGCACUUCAUAAUAUUGAAACGGUAGAAUUAACGAAUGUCCAUCUCGAAUGUCGCCUUCAACCGGUCGGCGAUGCAACCAUGAGAGUAGAAUGGUUUGUUAAUGGAAGACCAGUUAAAACUGGACACCGAUUUAGACCAUCUUAUGAAUUCGAUUAUGUGGCUUUGGAUAUCCUUGGUGUUUAUCCCGAAGAUUCUGGCGUUUAUACUUGUCAGGCAACUAAUCAGUUAGGUGAAGCUGUUACUUCGUGUUCGGUACGUGUACAUGCGAAGAAGGAUCUCUUACUGGAGUCUCAACAUCCAGAAGGUUUAGAAAGAAUACAAUACUUGGAAGAUGCUUCACGAUACAAAAGGCACGAGUUGGUUGAUGAAGUUGUAACCGUAAAGCCCAAAUUCAUUACUAGUCCAAAGAAUCAAGAAAACCUUAGGGAAGGACAACACGCUCAUUUUGAAUGUAAGCUUGAACCUGUAACAGACUCGAAUUUAAAAGUUGAGUGGUAUAAGAACGGUCGUCCAGUUACAAUAGGACACCGAUUCCGUCCAAUUCACGAUUUUGGUUACGUUGCAUUGGAUGUGAUCGAUUUAAUUGCUGAAGAUUCUGGAACGUAUACUUGCCGUGCCGUCAAUCUUGUUGGUAGUGACGAAGUUUCGUGCACAUUAUCUUGCCGCUCAACGGCACAAAUUCUAACAGAUACACGAAACGAAAGCGGCCUCGAGCAGAUUCAUUAUCUUGAAGAUCGUUCCAAAUAUCAUCGGCAGGAAGUGAUUGAGGAAACAACAACGCAGGCACCAAUCUUCACCACUUCCUUAAAUAACGUGGAGAUAAAAGAAGGACAAAGAGCUCAUUUCGAGUGCAGACUCAUUCCUGUGUCGGAUACAACGAUGAAAGUCGAAUGGUUCCAUAAUAAUACACCUGUCAAGGCUGGUUCAAGAUUUGUAGAAACCAACAGCUUUGGUUUCGUUGCACUCGAUAUCAUGUAUGCAUAUCCAGAUGAUUCUGGUACAUAUACUUGCCGUGCUAAGAACAUUAUUGGAGAGGCUAUUACUUCAGCAACCGCUGUAGUACAUUCGAAAAAAUCAAUUUACAUGGAGUCACAUAAUGAAGAAGCUUUAGAAAGACUUCGUUACCUCGAAGAUACCUCUCGUUAUCAACGUAAAACUGUCCAAGAAGAAACAGUUACGCAAGCACCAGUUUUCACAAUGCCAAUCAAGGAUUUGCGUGUGGCUGAGAAUCAAGCGGCUCACUUUGAAGCACGUGUUAUUCCAGUUGGCGAUUCCAAGCUCAAAGUAGAAUGGCUUCGUAAUGGUGUACCUAUUGCUGCUUCAAAUCGCGUAACAACAAUGCACGAUUUUGGAUAUGUCGCUUUGAACAUGAAGUAUGUCAAUCCUGAAGAUUCAGGUACUUAUACUUGUCGUGCGACGAACGAUCUUGGAGAAGCUGUAACUUCGGCGACACUUUUCGUUCAAUCAAAAGCAGCCCUGCAAUUCGAGUCGCAACACGAAAGUGCCUUGUCCAAACUCCAAGCCCUGGAAGAUACCAGCAAAUAUCAACGUCGCGAGGAAGAAGAGAUAGUGGUCAAAGAGAAGCCCUCAUUUACGGUUCAAUUGAAUGGGCCUUCGAAGUUAGUCGAAGGACAAAGUGCACAUUACGAAUGCCGCAUAGAACCCUAUCCUGAUCCGAAUAUGAAGGUGGAGUGGUUCCACAAUGGUAAACCACUAUCCACUGGUCACAGAUAUAGAACAGCUUGUGACUUUGGCUUCGCAUCUUUGGACGUUCUGACAGUUUAUGCUGAGGAUUCCGGCACAUACACCUGCCAGGCCACCAAUAAACUGGGAUCGGCCAAGAGCUCGAUAAAUCUUGAUGUAAAAUCACGCUCCUCUAUAAUCCGCGAAACCCAACAUGAAAGUGCUCUUAAGAAGAUACAAUAUCUUGAAGAUGAUUCUCGUUACAAACGUACCGAGGAAGAAGAUUUCAUAAUCGCUGAGAAGCCUAAAUUUGGAAGACCAUUGAAGAAUAUUGAACACUUACCCGAAGGCAAGAACGCUCAUCUCGAAGCAACGUUGACACCAGUUAACGAUCCCACGAUGAUUGUUGAAUGGUUCAGGGAUGGAAGACCAGUACCUCAAGGACACAAAUUUAAGACCACUUAUGACUUUGGAUACGUCGCUCUGGAUAUCCUUUAUGCUUAUCCCGAAGAUUCUGGCACGUAUAUGUGUAAAGCCAGAAAUGCUGUUGGUGAAGCUGUCACCACGUGCGUCAUCAAUGUAGAUUCUAAGCAAGGUCUCUUUUUGGAUACUUUGGAUGCUCAACGUUUACAAAAGAUACGAGAAUUAGAAACCGUUGAAAUCAAAGAAGAAGUGGAGAAGGAAGUGGUUCAUCAAAAACCUGUAUUUUUAACGCCAUUGAAUAACCUGGAUCAUUUGAAGGAAGGCGAACAUGCUCAUUUAGAAUGUCGCGUCGAACCGAUCAACGAUCCAAAUUUGAAGAUCGAAUGGUUUGUAAACGGAGUUGCCGUAAGGACUGGUCAUCGCUUCCGUACCACACACGAUUUUGGUUAUGUCGCUCUUGAUAUUUUGUAUACUUAUCCAGAAGAUUCAGGAACUUAUAUGUGCAAAGCAACGAAUUUGGCUGGAGAAGCAGUGAAUACGUGCACUAUUAAAGUUGGCUCUCGCCGGAGUAUACUUUUGGACACACAACAUCCAGAUGGUCUCGAAAAGAUUCGAGAACUUGAAGCUCAAGGUCAUCCUGCUCGAUUAGAAGUAGAAGAACCUCCAUUGACUCCACCGAGAUUUGUCUCCGAGCUCAGGGGUACUACUGAAGUUUACGAAGGUCAGACAGCUCACUUUGAAUGUCAGGUGGAACCACUUCACGAUGCCAAUCUUCGAAUCGAAUUCUUCCAUAAUGGCAAACCAUUGCCAUCGGCAUCUCGUUUCCACAUGACCUUUGACUUUGGAUAUGUGGCAUUGGAUAUCAGUCACACAGUACCCGAAGAUGCAGGACAAUAUUCUGUGAAAGCUAUAAAUGCCCUUGGACAAUGCGUAUCUUCCAUUGAACUUAAAGUGAUACCGCGUGACAAUAUCAUCCUAGAUUCUCAACGACCAGAAGGAAUGGAUAAGAUUCGCGAGCUGGAAGCUCAGCAACCAUGGAAGAGACCAGAUAUACCGGAACCACAAACGAGACAACGACCCGUUUUCACGCAACCCUUGCAGAAUAUCGAUGCUAUACCCGAAGGCCAUACAGCUCACUUCGAAUGUAGACUCAUACCUGUUGGCGAUCCUACUUUAAAAGUGGAAUGGUUCAGAAACGAAGUACCCUUAGAAACAAGUUCCCGUAUCACGAAAGUUCACGAUUUUGGAUACGUGGCUUUGGAUAUCACGCAUGUCCGCGACGAAGAUGAAGGUGUUUACAUGUGUCGUGCUUCCAAUCCGCUUGGAGAAGCAGUUACUACAGCAUCGAUGAAAAUUAAGACUAAAGCCAGUAUUCAAUUGGAUACCCAACACCCUGAAGCACAACGUAGAAUCGCUCAAUUAGAAGCUGAUAAAGGACCUAGCCGAGCAGAGGAACCAGAUAAGGUUUUCGACAAGCCUAUCUUUACUCAAUUAUUAACUGGACCUACAGAACUCUGGGAAGGUCAGCUUGCCAGAUAUGAAUGUAGAGUCGUUCCCGUGGGUGAUGCUAGUUUGAGAUUUGAGUGGUACAUGAAUGGAAUCGAGUUGAAAAUGGGAUCUCGUUUCCACGUCAAUCAUGAUUUUGGUUAUGUAACAUUGGACAUAUUGAAAGUCAUACCAGAAGAUUCUGGAGUGUAUACUUGUAAAGCUAUUAAUAAAAGUGGAGAAGCCGUUUCAUCGAUUUCUCUCAAAGUAAAAGCACGCUCUGCGAUCGAUGCUCAAAGUAUACAACCAGACGCAUGGCAGAAGAUUCAACUCAAGGAAGCGGAGAUGAAUAAGGUACCAGAGAUGUUUAUCGAUACAACGCCUCAACAAGCACCGGUAUUCACGAAACAUCUUGAAAGUUAUGAUAAAUUGGUCGAAGGACAACACGUUUAUCUUGAAGCUCAAGUAGAACCCAGAGCUGAUCCUAAUUUGCGAGUAGAAUGGUUUAAAAAUGGAAUAUCUCUACAAACUGGUACAAGAUUACGUAGUACUUUUGAUUUUGGUUUAGUCACACUAUCUAUCAAUGGUCUAAGACCAGACGAUUCAGCCAUUUACACCUGUAAAGCUACAAAUCUACUUGGAGAAGCUGUGUCUACGUGUAGUUUGAAAAUUGUGGAUCGCCACUGGCUUCUUGGGGAUACUCUUCAUCCAGACGCAUUACCUAAAAUUGAUGCUCUUGAACAACCACAAAUCAGUACUACUGAACAACCGGAACCCAUAUACGAAGAACCAGUUUUCAUAACACACUUGAACAAUGUAGAAUGCGUUGAAGGUGAUAACGUUCAUUUCGAGUGUAAUGUAGAACCAUCAAAAGAUCCAACUAUGAAAAUUGAAUGGUUCAUGAAUGGGAAACCACUACCAACUGGUGCACGAUUUAAGUCGACUUACGAUUUUGGAUAUGUUGCACUCGAUAUUACACAUAGCUACGAAGAGGAUUCAGGCAUUGUCACGGUUAAGGCAACGAACUCCAAGGGAACAGCACAGACAUCGGGUACCCUGAAAUGCACCAGCAAACAAAGUAUUUACCUGCAGACUCAACAUCCGCAAGGUGAAGCUGGAUUGGAAAAAGUUAAAGAAGCUGAAGACGCUUACUUAUCCAAAUAUAGGAGACCGGAUGAUAAACCGGAACAUGAAUACCCGAAACCGAUUUGGACCGUACCUCUUCAACCAGAAUUCAAGUUAGGAGAAUCUGAACCUCUUCAUCUGGAAGGACAAGUUGAACCGAAGGAUGAUCCUGAUCUGAAAAUUGAAUGGUAUUUCAAUGGCAAAGCUUUGGAACAUGGAGCUCGUUUUAAGAUAACCAGCGAUUUUGGAUUUGUUACGUUGGAUCUUACAGAUGUUUACGACCGAGAUUCUGGUAUUUACACUUGUAAAGCAUAUAACAAGGCUGGAGAAGCGUUUACAUCUACGACCGUAUAUUGCUCGACUAAAGAAAGUAUUAUCGAAAAAUCUCAACAUCCAAAAGGUAAGGAAGGUCUGGAAGCUAUUCAAGACCUCGAGGAAUCUCUGAAACGACAGGAAGGUGCUUUGCCUGAAAGCGAAGAAGGACAUCCUCCCGUUUUCACAUCACAAUUCGAGAACUUGACCAAUCUAUCGGAAGGUGAAAUAGCUCAUUUCGAGGCAUCGCUUACACCAACGGGCGAUCAGACUAUGGUGGUUGAAUGGUUCUAUAAUGGAAAAUCAUUAGAAGCUAGUCAUCGUACUAGAACCGUUUACGCUUUCGGUAUGGUAGUAUUGGAAGUCCUUGGAACUAAAAUCGAAGAUUCGGGUACUUACUCUUGCAGAGCAACGAAUAAAUGGGGCAAAGCAGAGAUAAGUGUUCAACUUGAAUGCGUAGACAAGUCGAAGGGACAAAAACCAAAAUUCACCACUCAUAUACAAUCCUUGGAAGGUCUUAAAGAUGGACAAUCAGUGCACUUCGAAUGUACUCUUAUUCCCGUUGGUGAUCCACAUAUGAAAGUCGAAUGGUUCCACAAUGGACAACCACUUAGACACUCUUCUCGUUUCAAGAUGGUUUCCGAUUUUGGAUUCGUCGUUAUGGAUAUUGCUGGAGUUAUGUCGCACGACACUGGAGAAUACGUAUGCAAAGCUAGCAACAAAUAUGGCGAAGAUUAUACGAAAGCUACCAUUAAAUGUUUCGGAAAAAGUGGAGUAUAUCUGGAUUCUCUACAACCUGAUUCUCUCGCUAGGAUUCGCGAACUUGAAAGCUACGGCGGUGAACAACCGACUACUCCAACUACUCCUGUUGCCGAACCACCCAAAUUUAUCACACAAAUUGCAGACAUCACGAAACUCGUCGAAGGACAAUCUGCUCAUUUCGAAGCCAGACUGACUCCUAUUAAUGAUCCAGACUUGAAAGUUGAAUGGUACUAUAAUGGCAAAAAGCUACCUCACGGUCAUCGUUAUAGAACUUUCCAUGAUUUCGGUAUCGUCAUUCUCGACAUACUUUAUUGUUACGAAGAAAACUCCGGUGUAUACGAAUGCAGAGCCUUCAACAAGUACGGCGAAGAUACGACUAAAGCGACUUUGAAAUGUUUCUCAAAAUCCAGUCUUAUUUUGGAAUCUCAAUUACCAAAAGGAAUGGAAGGUGGUUUAGAGAAAAUCCAAACCCUCGAAGACUCUAUGAUUCGUACUAAAGAUGAGAAAAUAGUUGAAGAACGUGGAAAAGCUCCAGUUUUUACUGUACCCUUAAGCAAUAUCGAUGGUCUUCGGGAAGGAGAAAGUGCUCACUUUGAAGCCAGACUUACACCUACAGAUGAUCCAAGAUUAAAGGUCGAAUGGUUCUGGAAUGGUAAACCACUUCGAACAGGGUCGCGCUUUCGAACAUUCUGUGAUUUCGGUUUCGUUAUUUUGGAGAUCUCACCAAUUUACCCUGAAGAUUCCGGAGAAUAUAGUUGUCGAGCAAUUAACGAUUACGGUGAAGCAGUAACUACUUGUACUAUGAAAUGCACAGGAAAACGCAGUAUAAUUCUUGAAUCGCAAUUGCCAAAAGGCAUGGAGAGUACAAUUGAUAAGAUAGCUGAACUCGAAGGUCUUGGAAACGAACCUGGGCAACCUAGUCCCGAUGACGAUACAGGAAAACCACCAGAAUUCAUCACUACUCCAUCGGAUUUAACGCUUGCAGAGAAUUCCUUAGCUCAUUUCGAAUGCAGGCUCGUUCCUAUCAACGAUUCUAGCAUGAGAGUUGAAUGGUUCCAUAAUGGAAAACCUCUUCUAGCUGGUACCAGAGUAAAAACCAUUCAUGAUUUUGGUUUUGUCAUUCUGGAAGUAGCCAAUUGCUAUCAACGAGACUCUGGCCUUUACACAUGCAAGGCAACUAAUCGUCACGGAGAAGCUACGGUGUCCUGUAAGUUGCAAGUUCGUGGCCGUCAAGGUAUUAUCUUGGAACCACAAUUGCCAAGCAAUUUCAAGACUGGUACCGAAAGUAUUCAAAAACUAGAAGAGUCCCUCUACAAGAAAGAUGAAAUCCUGGCGGAAGAGGAAACUCCUAAUCCACCGAGAUUCAUAGUCGAAUUAAAAGAUAUUGAGGUCGAGGAAUCUGGUCCAAGUCACUUCGAUUGUAGAGUCGAACCGGUCGGUGAUCCGACGAUGCGCGUCGAGUGGUAUCACAAUGGUCGACCUUUUGCAACUGGUUCUCGCGUACAUCAAAUUAAUGACUUUGGUUUUAUUUCAUUGGAUAUGUCUUAUACGUAUGCGAGAGACAGUGGUGAAUAUGUGUGCAGAGCUACGAAUAAAUGGGGCACUGCGACCACGAAAGCUACCAUCACUUGUAAAUCUAAGAAAACAAUAGAUUUCGAUUCCCAACUACCAUCAGGUAUGAGUGGUGAAAAAUUAAAGGAGUUAGAACGUGGACCUAUCAGUGAACCACCUGUCGAAGAAGCACCACGGGAACCUCCCCGUUUUAUUACUCAAAUUCAAUCGGCUACAGUCGACGAAUCAGAACCAGUCAGGUUCGAGUGCCGAGUGGAACCAAAAGAUGACCCUAACUUGCGCAUCGAAUGGUAUAGAAACGGAAAGCUUAUUCCUGCAGGUCAUAGAUAUAGAACUGUAUAUGAUAUGGGCUUCGUAUCCAUGGACAUUUUAUACGUUUAUCCUGAGGAUUCUGGUGAAUACGUAUGUAAGGCCAUCAAUGAUCUUGGAGAAGAUACUACCAAGGCAUCUGUGUCUUGCAAAAAACUUCCAAGUAUCAUACUUCAGAAUCAAGUACCAAAAGGCAUGAAGAAAUCAGAAGCAUUGAUGCAAAUGGAAGCGACUAUUAAAAAAUAUACGUCCGAAGUUCACUUGACCGAAGAUGAUCUCUAUGAUGCCGAUAAAAAACAACCACCGCGGUUCGUUACACAAAUCCAGGAUCAAACGGAACUUGUCGAAAUGAACAGCACUAAAUUCGAAUGUCAAUUAGCACCAGUAGGUGAUCCAAAUAUGAAGGUUGAAUGGUUCUUCAAUGGCAAACCACUUCCACAAAAGAACAGAUUUACACCGAUAUACGACUUCGGUUACGUUGCUAUGAACUUUGGUUGGGUAUAUCCGGAAGAUAGCGGAGAGUAUCUUUGUAGAGCGACUAACUUAUAUGGAAUGGAUGAAACUAGAGCAAUAAUUCGGACGGCAGGAAAACCUGGUAUCAUUUACGAAUCUCAGUUACCAAAGGGCAUGAAAAGUAUUGAGAAAAUACGAGAAAUGGAAGCCGCAUGGCAGAUUGUUCCUGAAGAGGAGGGCGAAGAAGAAAAAGUACGUGCAGCACCAGUGUUUGUAAGCAAACCAGAACCAGUUACCGUUGAAGAAGGUGAUUGGUCCAGGUUUUGUUGUCGCGUUACAGGUCAUCCAAGACCACGAGUUAUGUGGAUACUCAAUGGACACACCGUCGUUAAUGGUUCGCGUUAUAAAUUAACCUACGACGGCAUGUAUCAUCUGGAUAUACCGAAGACUAGACAGUACGAUCAUGGAAAGGUCGAAGUAAUCGCAAGAAGUUCCGUUGGAGAAUCACGUACGGAAACUUUCUUAACGGUUAAACAGCGAAGCGACGACUAUCGUGGAGUAUUGAAGAAUUCACCUAGACCUUGGUACGAUUAUGGGCUAACCCAAUACCAGUCGGAGAGACAGAACACAGAACUUGAGCGUGUAUUCGAAGAACGUCAUCAAACCGUUUCUCAAGGCAUUGAGAUUGCAACCGAACAUCUUGGGCAAAAGGUCUUUAAAGAGCCUGAAGCUGAAUGGCAGAAAUCGGUAAAGAGCAAAAAGAACGAGGACUACUAUCAAAAGUUGAUGAGCUUAGAGGAGGAGCAAGUAUUGAAAGAAUCUAGAUUGAGGGAAACUUCUCAUCAGUUCGCCAUUCCUGGUGACAAAGUGGUAUCUCAUUCCAUGGCUAAAGGAAUGGCUCAGAAGUAUCAGGAAAGUCUUGAAACGCAAGAUACGAAAAUACAAGAAACAACUCAAGCACCAGUACCACAACCUAAAUUUGCGAAAAAGCCGCAUGUAACUGAGGUUGAUAUCGACACUGAGCGUUUAAAGGGCACAGGAAGACUUCCCCCGGAACCUUCUGAAUCCUUGGUUCAUGGACGGGAAGUUCACGUGGCAAAACAAAAACAGACCCAGAAAGAGGUAAAGGGUGAUUUAGAAAUUACAAGGAAAAUAACAGCUACUGAAACGACGGAAGUCGAGCACAAAGCUAAGACUCAAGAACGCGUGGUCCAAGGACAAGUGAAACCGGCGAAACCGCCAGUUUUCACGAAAAAGAUUCAACCAUGCAGGGCCUUUGAACAAGAACAAGCGAGAUUCGAGGUUGAAUUUGACGGAGAUCCGUUACCAAUCAUAAAAUGGUACAGAGAGGACUUCCCGAUCCAGAACUCGCCCGAUCUUCAAAUCUACACGUUCAGCACCAAAUCGGUUUUGAUUAUUCGUCAGGUCUUUAUGGAAGAUUCUGCAGUAUUUUCCGUUAUCGCUGAAAAUCGUGGAGGCAAAGCUAAAUGCAGUGCCAAUCUUGUUGUCGAAGAACGUAGAAGACAACCUGGAAGAGGUGGAGUUGUACCACCUAGUUUUCUAUCUACUAUACAAAAUACUUCGGUAACAACUGGACAAUUGGCCCGAUUUGAUGCUAAGGUUACUGGCACCAAACCUCUAGACGUUUACUGGCUGAAGAACGGCAAGAAAGUGACGGCUGAUAUUCGAUACAAAACUUUGGAAGAGGAUAACAUUUACACUCUUCUUAUUUUGGAGACUAUACCAGACGAUUCAGGUAAAUACGAAUGCGUUGCUAUCAACAGUGCCGGUGAGGCACGUUGCGAUGCCGAAUGUAUGGUUCGUGGACCACAGUCGCCAACAAAAACCACAAAACCAACAACGCCUGGUGUAGAGAAGGCACCUUCUGUCCUAGAACCUCUUAAAGAUCAGACAAUUAAAGAAGGAACAUCCGUAGCGUUCGCUUGCAAAAUAACAGGAAAGCCUGUUCCCACUAUUCAGUGGAAGAAAGGCGACAAGGUCAUCAAACCAUCAAAGUAUUUCCAAAUGCAAAAAGAUGGUGAUCUUUGUACUUUGAAAAUCACAGAAGCCUUUCCUGAGGACGAAGGUGUUUAUAAAUGUAUUGCCAAAAAUCCUGCCGGUGAUGUUACUACUUCAGCAAAUUUGAGAGUUCUUGCUCCAGAUACGGUUGAUGUUUUGCCAAAAUUAUCGCCGCUGAAAGAUCAAAUCGUUUCGGAGGGACAACCAGCACAAUUUAAAACUCAGGUUACUCCAGCAAAACCAAAGCCAACGAUUCAAUGGUACAGGGAAGGUGCCCUUAUACCUCAGUCGCCCGAUUUUCAGAUGAUUCACGAGGGCAAUAAUGCUGUACUGUUAAUUGCAACAACUUACGAAGAAGACACUGGCACUUUCAGCUGUAGAGCUACGACCUCAGCCGGUACCGUAGAAACCUCUGCGAAACUCAUCGUCAAAAAAAAAGAAGAGGAAGGUAUUGCUCCUCAUUUCUCUACGCCAAUCAAGCCACUUAUGGUCGAAGAACAUAAACCAGCAACGCUGGAAUGCGUUGUUACUGGUACGCCAGUCCCCGAAGUAAAAUGGUAUCGUGGUGAUAAGGAAAUUAGACCAAAAAAAGGAAUGGAAAUAAAGUUUAAUCCGGAAACAGGAGAAGCUAAAUUAACUAUUCUUGAACCUACGCCACAAGAUGAAAUAACUUAUCGCGUAUGUGCCGUCAACAAAUUCGGUCGAGCAGAAUGCAGAGCCAAUUUGAUUAUCAGUAAUAUCGUUAAAGUUUCCAAACCAGAGGUGAUGCAGGCUCCUACAAUAACAAAACCUUUGCCAGCAUUGAUAGCAGAACGAGAUAAACCUCUAAAGUUAACGGCUGACUUCGAAAGCAAGCCAAAACCAGAAGUAAAAUGGUAUCGUAACGGAAUUGAAAUUACACCUAGCAAAAACCGUCUGAUAAAGAUUUAUGAAAAUACUGCGGAACUGUUGAUACCUUCACCCGUUAAAACAGACGGUGGAAAAUAUGAGAUAAGAGUACAAAAUCCUGCUGGAGAAGCUCGAAGUUCCGGUUCGGUUACCAUAAAAGAACGCGAAGAUAAAUCAGACGAAGUGAAAGCUCCACGAUUUAUCGAGCCUAUACAACCGCAAAUAGUCACAGAAGGGGAAGUUGUAAUUAUGGAAGCGCGAGUAGAUUCUUAUCCAACAGCUUCCUUCCAAUGGUUCUACGAAAGUCGUCCCCUAGAGUCUACGGCACAGAUGAGAAUAGUUACGAAGGAAAAUAGAUCGGUAUUGCUGGUGAAAGAGAUCAAACCAGAAUUCGCAGGUACGUAUACCUGUCGUGCUGAGAAUGUAGGUGGAUCAGUUACGUGUACAGCAACCAUUAAUCUUCUCGAUACAACGUGGGAGGAAGCUACUGAAUUAAUAUCACCAACAUUCGUAAAAAGAUUAUCGCCUGUUAGAGUGAUGGAUGGUGAGAGCGUAAAUCUAACAUGUAUCGUACAAGGUAAACCAACGCCAAAAGUCGAAUGGUAUCACGAUGACAAAUUGAUUAAAGAAGGCAAAGAAAUAACUAUUUUGCAAGACACCGAAGGUGUAUGUAGUCUUGCAAUUACCGAGGUAUUUCCCGAGGAUGCGGGUCAAUAUACGUGUCGUGCUGUAAAUCCUAUUGGCGAGGCUGUUUGCACAUCGUCGCUUAUCGUCGAAGCCUAUGAAUACGUACCAGAUUCAGAGAUUGCAUCGUCGAUCAUUGCAACGUCCCUUACUACAGGACAAAGUGGUUCGGAAGAGGACCUAUUAUCGCCAAAGGAGACGCCUCUCUUCGAUACUGAUACAGAGGAAUUUGCUCCAGAAAUAAUAAAGAAACUUCCUCAGUUAAUUCCUACUAAAGAUGGAGAAUUAACCAGACUGGAAGUAAAGGUCAAAGGAAAGCCGAAACCAGAAGGAAAAUGGUACAAACAGGGAAUGGAAAUUGUAUCAUCUCAAGAAUUCCAAAUUGAAGAAUUUGAAGAUGGAACUUCGGUACUAACAAUCGCAGAAACUUACCCGGAUGACACCGGUGAAAUUGUAUUUGAAGCGCAUAAUCCACUUGGAGUAUCCACCACAAUGACAUAUUUGUCUGUAGAAGGUAUCCUCGGCACAAAAGAGUAUAGGAAACCAGAAUGGGUAACCCAAAUGGAGGAAAUGCAAGAAGCUCUUAAAGCCACGCAAUCCAUACCACGAUUUAUUCAAGAAAUAACAGACGCUUAUGUAAAUGAAGGAGAAAAAGUUGUGUUCGAAUGCAUAUAUUCCGGUAAUCCUGCUCCAGACGUUGUUUGGUACAAAAAUGACAAAUUAAUAAUGAAUACGGAUAAUAUCAAAGUCCGUAUCCUGGACAACGAGAAAAAAACUUCGCUAACUAUUUUGAAAGCUAACCGAGAAGACGAAGCUAUUUACGUUUGUAAAGCUACAAGUGAAAUUGGUCUGACGAUAACAAAGGCUAAAUUACGCGUGACUGGCACUGGAAGCGACUGGAGACCUAUGUCGGAGGAUGAAGCUGAAGAGGUGGUGGAAGUUAAACAGAAGAAAGAAAUACACAGAAAGAAGAAGCCGGAAUUGAAAAAGGCAAAAGAACAGAAAGAAAAAAUCAAGACUGAACGUGUAAAAGUCGAUAAGAAAGAGAUCGUUAAAGAGCAGCCGAUAAGCAAAGAACAGCCUGAAGAUAAGAAAAUUGUCGAUAUCGAAGAAACCCAAAUACUUGAAAGUGCAACGACUUUCGAAGAGAAGACAAAAGAGGUUUCUCGGGCUAAGAAAAUCGUCCCUAUUCAAGAACCCGUAAUAAUCGAAGCUACGCCUUCGUUGAAGAAGAUCGAUGACCGGAAACCACGAGAAAUGAUAUCGACUAAAGAAAAAGCAAAGCCGAUAAUCGAGGAACGUGAAAGUACGGUAGUUUCGGAAAUAAGACCAGAAGACGUUGCUACCGAUUUCAAAGUGGAGAAAACGGUCGAUCGUGCGAGCGAGGUAACGUCAGAGGUAUUGGAGACAUUAUCUGUGUCGGAAGUUCGUACGGAGAGCGAUCUUCAAGAGAUCAAGCGAACGGAGACGAAGCAAAAGAAAGCGAAGAAGGUGAUUGGUCAUGGACAGGUGGAAAUAACGCAGGUAAAAACCGAAGAAAUCGUCGAAGAGAAACCAAAGAAAAAGAAGAAAGGUGAAAAGACAAGAAUUCGCGAAGAGAUAACCGUGGAAGAAAUCCUCGAGAAAGAAAGAGAGCACAUUGCGCGAGAAGUUGAGGAGAUCCUUGAAGUUCUUCAGGCUAAGGAAUUUGGACCCGGUGAAAGUCCUCUACGUGAAUUGGCUACCAUCGGUUAUCUCGUACGACAGGGUGUAUCGGUUACAGAAAUAAAUGAGAGUCUCUACACCACCGACAAGUUUCCAGCCUUGAGAACUCCGGAUGCGCAAAACGCUUUAGUGCAAUUAGUUGAACGCGAAGGUCAUGGGCCUCUUAUCAGUCAAGUAUUAACCGAGGAAACGACUACCGACGAGAGCAUUGUAGCUGCAACUAUUGGCUUCAGGGCUUUUAUGAGAAUGAUCGAAUUGCAACAUGCCACGGUGGAGGAGGUCAUUACGCACUUCGUACCCGAAGACUUCCGUCCACGCGCUUGGGAAGUCACAGAAGUGGCUGAGGUUGAAACCGAGCAACGCGUUAUGGAAAGAAUCGAUGCCGUCCAUAAGACAGAAGUCCAUAUCAUGGAAAGAAGAGACGAGAGGAAAGCCAUUCACGUGCAGGAUAUUCAAGAAAUUAAAGAAUACGAGGACACACGGCAGGCACACACAACACUACGCAAGCGAAAAGAUAGAAAACCAAAGGAUCGCAUUGAAGAUAAACCGCAGGAUAGGGAUGAGGGGGUUCAGGUAGUAGAAAUCGAGGAAAUCCAUGAGAUUGAAAAGGAGAAGAAGAAAGAGGAUAUAAAGGACAUAGAAGAAGAAAUAAUUGUCAUUGAAAGGGAUUCAAAGGGCAGACUGAUUCCAAAAGAAGUAGAUAUUGUGAAAAAAGUAAAAGAGAAAAAAGAGGAAGAAGAAAAAGAGAUAGAAGAAAAGGUAAUAGAGGAGGAAAUAAUUCGCAAGCGUAAACAAUUGAAAGCAAAGAGACCAGCUACCGGUGAGGACGAAAUUCAGUUUGAAGAAGUAGAAGAAUUCGAAAUCAAACGAGAUAAAUUCAUGCCUUCUGUCGUAUUAAACGUACCUGGUCAACUUCAUGAAGUAGUUCCUUUCAGUCGUACCGUUGAACAAGCUCCUGGUAAACCCAAAGUCGAGAAAGCUCAACUAGCUGUGGAUACGGUUAGUGCUCUAACAGAACAUCUACAACCUGUACAAGAAAAAGAAAUUGAUAGCAUUGAUGUUAAAAAACCAAUUGGACAAAAAGCAUCAGUUUCAAUUUCAACCGUGGAACCUUACUCUAUCACGGAAACUAACACUCAGGCUACGGCUAGCGAAUUUGUAGAUACAUUUAAACCAAGUACUUAUGCGGCGACUCCAGGGGUUACACCGUCCGAAAGUUUGGUAGUAAGCGAAAUAUUAACUAACGAUGCCGAUUUAUCUGAUCUUACGUUGAGUAAACCAGAAGUUUCGAGAAGAGCCGAUACUAGUUUGACGUUACAAGAGGCAACAACGAUUUCUGAAACAAUGGUUAGUCAGAACGAAGUACCUACGGAAGAUUUUAUUUCGCCAGUCGCGGUGAAAGCCGAGGAUAAUUUCUUGCCUCAAGUAGGACUUUCCGUCUACGAGGUUCAAGAAGGUUUAGUAGAAGAGAAACUUGUACCUAUCAAAACUGUUCCUACAAAACCUAGGGUGAACGUUACCGCUACCGAACCAUUGAUCAUAGAAGAAGUUUGUGUCGAAGAUAAACCUGGAAAAUAUUAUCCAGAACUGAUAGUACCUACAGAGGUCGCAACACAAUCGGUCAUCGCACAGAAGCAAAGAAUUACAGAAGAAUUACAUGCUCCUGAAAAGGAGGGUGAGUAUGUGCCAGGUAAAUUGCCACCUAGUCAAAAAGCUAAGAUCGGUAUUUCUUAUGACAAUGAGACCGCUAUCGUUCAGCAAAAUCUAAUUCAGGAAAGCGAGGGUAUUUUUGUUCCCGAUCGAAAAGCAGAUACUUUCGAAGCAACGGAUAAAAUCACUUUGUUGGAAGGAGUCACAGUAUCUACCGUAGAUACACAACAGAGAGAAACAGAUCUAAAAGUAGAAGAAAGUAAAACUGUACAAGCGGAUCUGAGCAUUAUCGAAAUUACUUCGGCUACGACAGUCGAAACAAUUACUUCCGAAAAAGAACAAGAUUAUCAGCCAGAUGAAAAGCCAGCUACUAAACUUGCUGAAACAUCAAUCUCUACGUUAGAAAUUGGUUCUGUCAUGAGCACGAUGGUACAAGAAUCAGAGGGACCAUACACUAGCGAUCACAAACCAACAGCAAUUUUAGCGGAAACUUCGGUUAGACCAGAAGAAUAUUUACAGGUAUCUCAAGUUCAAACAGCUGAUUACCCAUCAGAUUUUAAAGAUGAGUUAAAAUACGUAUCGGAAAGUGGCAGCGUAUCUGUGGAGUUAAUAGAAGCUAAAAUGAUACACGAGACUCUUGCGCACGAUAAGGAAUCCAAGUUGGAAGAAGCUAUAAAACCUGAAGAACGUACAGUUGCAACAUCAUAUGAUGCAAUGCGGGGCAUAGAAGUAUUCCAAACCACUUCGGUAGAAAAGGAAACUGAUUUGAAGAUAUUCGAAUUACCAGAGUCUCAUCGCGGUAAAACUGUACCAACUCAUCCAGUUGUAUCUCUACAAAUCGAGGAAACUCAUCCUGAAGGUAACGUAGGUGAAGUUAUCAAAGAAGUUCCAUCAUCGGCAGUAGCUGCAGUUGGCGCAGUAAGCUUGCAGGAAACAGUAGUAAAAGAAACAAUUCCGGCUGAAGGAUUAACUCCGGUAAAAGAAGACAAAGUUGUUGAUAUGAAAAAGGCUGAAGUAGCAAUCGAUGAAAUCGAAAGCGUUCAUACAACCAUGGUCAUAACUAGUGAAAAAGAAGCUGAAUACACUACAAUAUCUGAUGUCAAAGGCGCAUUUGCUACAACAGAUUUUAUAACACAUAACGCUCCUAUAUCACAGGAAAUAAGAACCGAAUCCCCUACUAAUGAAUUCGUUCCACAGGAGAGACCCGCUUCAAGAACAGCUGAAGAAUCUCGAAUUCCUCUGGAAAGUAUUUACAUAGCGAUACAAGAAACUGCGGAGAAAGAGGAUAUUUAUAAUGCCGAUGUAAAACCAGAACAGAAAGUCGCAAAUGUAGAUUAUACUGAAGCGAAAAGUGGAUUAAGCAUUCUUGAGAUCGUUACGCACGAUAAAGAGAUGACAUAUGCUCCUAUGGAGAAACCUAAGGAUUAUAUCGUUCAAACAUCCAUAACAGGUCAUACCAUAGCAUCACAAUCAGAAACUUUAAUACAACAAUCCACUGGUUCUAUAAUUGACGAGACUCCCAAAACAGGAAAGGCAAUUCAGCAGCAAGAGACUCUAGAAGAACUGAUUGUAACAGAAACGAACAUAGCGGAAACAGAAAAACUAAGAGAUAUAGACGUACGUCCUAUCGAACAAAGCGCAGAUAUAGAAUUUUGUACAAGGCCGGAUACAUUAGUGGUUAGUGAAAUUACGACCAUAUUAAACGAAGAAAAAUUAACGAUCGAAGAAGUACCAAAAGAGCGUAAAAUAGCUAUGAACAUCAGCGCCGCGCACGAAGUAGCAGAAAUGCAAGAAACUAUUAUUGCUAGUAACAUUAAUAUUCUUAAGGAAGAAAAACCGAAAGAAGAAAGUGCAACUCAAAAACAAAGUGGGUUAAAUAUCGUACAACAAACUGAAAUAUCAGUGUCGGAAAAAGAAUCACCAUUACAACUGGAUCUGAAACCAGAAAGCAAAAAAGUUGGAGUGACUUUUGAAGAAGGAGAGGGUCUUGAAAUUGCCAUGAUACAUCCUGAAGAAAAAGAAGGAGAAUUUACUAAAGAUUCUAAACCAAAAGGCGUGGAAGCAAACGUAGAUAUUAUCACACAAAAUGUGGCAUCUAAAUUCGAAAUAAUAAGCGAUACUGAUUUGUCUCGAUUACCGAUUGAACCUGCCAAAACCGCACAGUCACAAACAACCUUUUUACCGUUUGAAACUACCAUUUCUGAACAAGUUGAAACCAUAGAGAAAGAAGCUCCAUUGUCUGAAAUUCAACCAUCCGAUAGAAAAGCUAAUCUGGAAUUUAUAAUGGGCGAGAGUGUAAUUGUUUCUUCGGUAAUUCCUGGAGAUAAGGAAAGCACUUUACCCAAAGAAGAAAAGCCAGAAUCGAAAUCUGUAAUGCUCGAUAUACCCACACACGUGGUAGCUCAAACAAGUGAAACAACUGCUACAGAUAACAUUGCUGAUUUCAAAAAAGAAGAAGUACUUUCUGCUACAGCUACAACAGAUCACAUUACUUUCCGUAGUUUAAUCACGUCGGAAAUAUCAACCGGUGAUUUAGAACAACCUCUUCCUACGUUCAUCAAACCAGAGAAUAAAAAAGUUAAUGUUACUUUCGACGAAGAUUACGGAGUCAGCAUAUUAGAAACUAUAACAUCUGAUAAAGAAAAGGAUUAUACACCGGCAGCACCUAUCGAAGGUGAGAAAGCAGUAGCUGCUUUCGAUGCUCAUAAAGUUGCUCAACAGAUAGAAAUUACAACAGCCACUCAUCCAGGAAUUUUAGAUAUUUCAGCUCUUACUACUGCAGCCGCCAAGGAAGAACAUUUACCCUUUGAAAGUAUUAUUCAAAUGGAAACAAUUAUCUCAGAGACUGAGAAAAAAUUUCAAGAAAAACCUGUUAUAGGUAAUAAAGCGGAAGUAGGAAUAAAUGAAUUAUUUUCUGUAACAGAAAGUACAGAAAUUGCGGCACACAAAGAAGCUAUUCUUGAAAUUCCUGAGAAACCAGUCGAAAAGAAGGCUGGUAUUCAAAUAGUUGGUCAUCCAAUCGCUGAAAAAGAAGAAAUUACUGUAGAUCUGAGUGUGGGAAAAGUUGAAGAUUCAAAAGCAUUAUCAGUUAUUGCAACACCUUCGAAUGUUCCUUUGGAAACAAUAGUAACAUCAGAGAUACAAGCAACUGAAUCUGAAGCACCAUUCUCCAGAGAUAAAUUACCUAUGCAAGCAACAGCAGACCUAGCUCUAGUAGAGGAAAAAAGUAUACAAAUAUCUACAGUUAUUACCGAAGAUAAAGAAAGUGAAUACAAGCCAGGAGAAAUUCCUGAAGUUAGAAAAGCAGGAAAAACUUAUGCGGAGGGUCAUGCGGUAGCUGAAACGAUGAUACAAAUUGUAGACUAUACUACCGCAGAAUUAAUUAAAGAAAAACUAUCCACGUCAACGGUGAAAUCGGAACACAUACCUUUGAUACCGCUAAUCGAAUCACAACCAACCGUUCAAGAAAGUGAAGAUCAAUUCUUACCAACAUUAAUACCAGAAAAUAAAACUGCAAACGUAGGUUUAGAAUAUGAUAGAACAAGUGUCACCAUAUCUCAAGUGACAACCGUUGAAAAAGAAUCUAUUUAUGUGCCUGAAGAACAACCAUCGAAGCAUUCAGCUUUUCCUGGAAUAGAUUUAAUUCAUGGAAUCGCAGAAACAACUACGAUAACUACUGAAGAUUCGGUUGGUGAAGUUCAUAUAAAGAAACCAAACGCAAAAACUGCAAUCGCUACACAGGAAAUGCAACAAAGUUUAUUAAUAACUCAGGAUAUCCCUCAAGAUCAAGAAGCACCCUUCGAAGGAAAAUUCAGACCAACGCCUCACGAAAUUCAUACGUCUAUAGAAGAAGGUAAACGCGUUACAACUGUUAUGGAAGUCAAUAUAUCGGACAAAGAAGAUACUCUUACCACUUUUCGAGAUAGAAGUCAAGAAGCUAUGCCAGUUAUUACUACAGGACACGAAGUUGCUGAAAAGAUUGAAAUUGUAACUGAUUUGAGCACAGGUAAAUUGGACAUAAUUAAACCGCCAUCAGCAACCGCUCACAUUGAGCAAAAGCCUUACGAAACGAUUCAAUUGACCGAAGAGAUUUUAGGUGAGAAAGAAAUAGACACAGUAGAGAAAGUGUCAUUAACAUCGACUAAAGCACGUGUUGCUCUAGAUGAUAAUAGAUUCAUAGCAAUCACAGAAACUACUAUUACGCAAGACGUGGAAUCAGAACUUCUUCUGGAAAAGAAGCCUUCAGAAAAAAUGGCAAUACCUAUGUUAGAUGCUAAAGAAGUUGCGGAACAUCUUGAAGUCAACUUGCGUGAAGGUCUUGGUACAUUACCUAAAGCAACUAAACCAGCUGUAUCGGAAGCACAUUCUACUCAAUCUAUUUUAGAAUCUAUAAAGAUCAACGAAACAAUUCCCCAAGAACAAAGUGCUGUAUUUUCAGAUAAAUUAGAAUUCGAUAAACAUAGUGCGGAAAUUGGUUUUGUCGAAGAAAAAAGUAUAAUAAUUGACACUGUAUUAACACAAGAUAAGGAAGAUACCAUGACAAUACCAGAAUAUACGCAUAGUACUGCACAAGUGAAAUUAACGAAAAUUGGAAUGGAUGUUGCUGAAACAUCGGAAUUGUUAAUAGAACAAAGUACUGGUUCUGUGAAACCAUUUGAGAAAACUGAAGUGAAAGCCCACUCAAAACAAGAUACAUUAGAGCCACUAAUUAUUGAAGAUAUUCCUAGCGCAGAAAGUGAAGGUUUCUUCGAUAAAUAUCCUAAAACAAUUUCUAGUACCGCCAAUGCCGUAUUUGAAGAGGGUCACAGUAUUUCGGUUACCGAAGUUACUUCGGCUGAGUUAGAAACAUCUUUACAAACAAAAGAACUUGCCUCGUCACAAACAGCUUCUUCUACAGUCAUUACAGAACAUGGAACGAUUGAAACAACGCUCGUAGAAUCGCAAGUUAAUAUUCCUGAAAAAGACAUCGAUCGAGGUGUGACACCACAAAAAGCAACAGCCCAUCAUGAUACAUUUGAAAGUAUUAUCGUAGAACAGAAUUUGGUCGAAGAAAGUGAGAAAACCUUUGAAGGUACUUUUAAACCAUCGAUGCAAAAAGCAGACAUCGAUUUCCAACAGAUCAAAUCUUUGCAGAUUUCUGAAAUUAUUACCGAAGAUAAAGAAGAUGUGUUUAAUGUCGUUCCUAAGCGACAAGAAGUACAAGCUACAACUGAAAUUGGACUAUUUGAGACGGUACAAAAAUCUUUGGUAGAAGGUAUGCAAAGUGUAGAAGAGAUUCGCAAAGAACAACCAAUUUCCUCUCAAGCAAAUUUAUCACAAAUUCCUAUCGAAGCUAUUAUUGAAACGGAAACAACAUUAGGUGAACGAGAAGAUACAUUCGAAGGAAAAGAUUUUAAACCAACUGAACAGAAAGGAAAAACUCAUUUGGAAGGUUUAAGUACAGUUACAGUUACUGAAAUUAUUUCCAAUGAGACCGAAGAAAUUUUGCCUGCAUCAACCGUUCCAAAAGAACAACAAGCACUUGCAAACUUGUUAAGUAAAGAGGCUAUUGAAACCUUACAGGUUGUAACUAUAGGAAGUGCUGAAGACAUAACGGAACAUAUUAAAUUCGAAGAAAAACAAACAAAAAUGGAAGUUGAAGAAUUGUCAAGUGUAUCCGUUUCUGAGAUAAUCUUAAAUGAAACAGAAGAUGUAUUGUUACAGAAAGAAGUUCCAAAGGAUCAAACAGCUCACUUAAAUAUUUCCGGUAGAGAAGUAGCUGAAACAACCGAGGUAAUGAUUAGCACCGAAACGCAAAAUCUAAGUACAAAAGUACCGAAAGAAGAAAAAGGUAAACCGGGCUUGGAGGAAUUAACGCCUUUAACUGUAUCACAAAUAGUUUUAAACGAAGCUGAAAUAACUUUGCCUACUGCAGAAAUACCUUCGGAAAAGGUCGCUCAAUCUAGUUUACUUGGUAGAGAUAUUGCUGAAACUAGUCAAGUAUUUACUAUGACAAGCGCUGAGCAGUUAGUAUCAUCCCAAGAGCCUGAAAAGUAUAAAGGUAAACCAGGUUUAGAAGAGUUAUCUUCAUUAACAAUAUCCCAAAUAAUAUCUCACGAAGUAGAAGAAACAAUGCCUAGUCCAGAAGUUCCUACUGAAAGAGAGGCACAAGCAAAUAUUCUUGGUCGAGAUGUAGCCCAAACGAUGCAAGUGAUGACUGUGUCCACUACAGAACAAUUGGUUGAGUCUAAAAUACCCGAUGAACAAAAAGGAUAUCCAAGUUUUGAAGAAUUAUCACCUCUAACUAUUUCGCAAAUAUUAUCUAACGAAAUGGAAGACGUAUUGGCGGUAACAGAAAAACCUGCUAAAAAAACAGCACAACCAAGUUUAUUUGGCAGAGAUGUGGCAGAAACAAGUCAAGUAUUAACCAUGACAAAUGCAGAAGAACUUUCUAAAUUAAUUAAGCCUGAAGAACAGAAAGGAAAACCUCAGUUAGAGGAAUUGUCUUCUGUAUUAGUGUCCCAAGUAGUUUCUCAUGAAACUGAAGAUGUUUUACCAAGUCCAGAACAACCACAUAAAUUUACGGCAAUAUCUUUAUUUUCCGGCAGAGAAGUUGCCGAAACCAGUCAAGUGCUAUCCGUAAGUAAUGUCGAAGAAAUGGAAAAACCAGAAAUACCGAAAGAACAGAAAGGUAAACCUUAUUUAGAAGAAUUAACAUCAGUAUCCGUUUGUCAAAUAGUCUCAAAUGAAUCAGAGGAAAUUUUAAUAAGUCCAGAAAAACCUGAUCAAAAGAUAGCAAAACCAAAAUUACUUACCAGAGAAGUUGCCGAAAAAACUGAAAUUUUAACGGUCUCCAAUGUAGAAGAAAUGCCAAAACUUGAGAAACCUGAAAGUCAGAAAAGAAAACCGGAAGUAGAUGAAUUAAGUUCGCUCGUAGUCUCUGAAGUUAUUUUCAGUGAAGCAGAGAAAACUUUGCCAAACCCAGAUGUACCCACGGAACGUAAAGCUUUUCCAAAUAUGUUAAGUAUCGAGGCCGCAGAAAUAUCUGAAGUAUUGACAGUAACAAAUGUAGAUCGAUUAGAAAAGCCAAAACUACCAGAAGGACAAAAAGGUAGACUACAAUUAGAGGAACUAAGUUCACUGUCAAUUUCAGAAGUUGCAACCAACGAAAUAGAGAAAGGCCUUCCAACUCCAGAAGAACCAACGAAACAAACUGCUCAACCUAGUUUGUUUGGCAUACAAGUUGCUCAAAAAUCUCAAGUAAUAGCAUCGUUAACGACAGAAAGUCUUGCUGAAACGACUAUACCAGAGACUAAAACUAUAAUACCUGAACAGAUACCUUAUGAAAGUUUCGAAGAGAUGCAAAUGGUCCCACAGGAAAGUGAACAUAAUCUUGUUAUCGACAAAACCAUGUCAUUGGCAACAGCUGACGUUACUUUUCGAACAUCCGAAAGUUUUGAAGUAACUCAAAUUAUGACAACUGAAAAAGAAAGUAAACAAGAAGUUAAAGAAAUGAUAAAGGAAGUUAGUGCGUUGCCUGAUGUUGUGAAAACAGAAGUUGCUGUAAAAACUGAAAUUCUUGUUGAAGAUACAGCUCCGGAGUUCAAAAUUAUAAAACCAGAAAGUAAAAAAGCACAUGAACUUGAGGAACCCAAGAAAAGUAUUAUUGUCACAGAAUUGGAAAAUGUUGGAGAAUGUGAAUCAGUCUUGCUCGAAUCCAUUAUGCCAUUUACAAAGGUAGCAAAUGUCUCAAUUGAAGCUGAUCGUCUGAAAAAUGUAAUAGAUAUUGUAGAGAAGACAACAGAAGAGGAAAUUCAGAAAGAAAUUAUCGAAGAAACUCCUACUAAGAAAGUUGUUAAAAAGAAGAAAAAACCGCAGAAAAUAACUGAUGAAGUCACAGAGGAAAUCGUUGAAGAACUAAUAAUAGAAAAACCAAAGAAAGAAAAAGUUCAACCAGUCACAGAUGUAAUGGAAAGUGCUCAAAUCACAGAAAUUAAAAUAGAAGCUCCUCAAACAAAAGAAGAAACUCUUAUCAUAGAAGAAGAGGAAAUAAUAGAAAGUCCAACGGGUAAAGUCAUAAGAAAGAAAAUUAAACCAAAAUCAAAAGAAAAAGAAGAACAAGUUAUUGAAGAGAUUAUAGAAAAACCAUUAGAAAAGAUAUCAAUGAUGGAACAGAAAGAUAUUGUGGAAAUUGUAGAAACACCUUCGAAAAAAAUCAUUAGGAAGAAAACAACUGUUAUAAAAGACGAUGGUAUUCCAGAGGAAGUGAUAGAAGAAUUCAUUAUAGAAAAACCAAAGGAAGAAAAAGCUAAGUCAAUCGUAGAAGAAGAAAAGAAACCUUUAGAAAAAAUAAUUGAAGUCAUUGAAACUCCAACAAUGAAAAUAAUUAAAAAGCAAAAGCCAGCAAAGAAAGAUCAGCCAAUCGUCGUUGCCCAAGAAGUAAUAGAAAAAACAGCUGAUGAAGCUAAAAUUAUGGAGGAACAACAGAUAGUAGAGAUCACUGAAACACCAUCAAAAAAAAUAAUAAAAAAGAAAAAGAGCACGAUCACAGAGUCUGGAAUACCUGAAGAACGAAUUGAAGAGAUCGUUAUAGAAAAACCUAUCACUGCAAAAGCAUUAGAGGAAAUCGUAUCAAAGGAUGGUAUACAAAUAACAGAAAUAAUAACGGGGUCUUAUAUAAAAGAGCUACCACAGCAAGAAACAAUUUUCCCAGAGGAAACAACGCAAACUGAGCUUAAGGAAGAAAAAGUCAAAGUAACUGAUAUUACUAUUAAGAGUGCACCGAAGAAAAAGAAGAAAAUAGAUGAUAUUCAAGAACAAAUAGUAGAGGAACGUGUUGAAGAAAUAGUUUCGAAAAAACCAAAAAAGGAAAAAAUCUCUCCGACCAUUACAACAGAAGACAGCAUACAAGUAAUCGAAACAAUAUCAGAAGAUACGACGCAACAAAUUCCAAAAUUAAAAGUUAAGAAAGAUGUUGCAAAAGUAGAAGAAACUAUGGAAGAAAAGAUUAUAAUGGAUAAGGUUUUGGUAAUGAAGGCUCCAAAGGAAACACAAGAAGAUGUAUCAGAAAUUAGUGAAGUUCCACUUCAACCAGAAAAACCAAAGGAAGAGCAAGCUUCUAUUAUUGAAGAAGAAGCAGAAGAAAUUGUAAAGACUACAAAAGUUUCUAGUAAAAAAGCACCCAAGAAAUCGAAAGUUAAAGAAAUAAAAGAACAACCAGAGGAAGCAAUAGAAGAUAUUCCUUCUGUAGAAAUUCCCAAGAAAAAAGCUGAAAAAAUACUCCCUAUUCCAUUAGAUGAAAAGAAAGCCAUGGAAAAAGAAGAAGAAAAACCGGAGGAGAUAAUUCAGGAAAUAGAGUUGAAAAAAGCAAAAUCAAAGAAAGCAACGCCUGAAGUUAUUCCUAUAGAAGGUAUUGAGGUAACUGAAGUAAUGACAGAAAUAACUUCACAAGAAUUACCUGAAGAACAAGUGCCAACAGAUCAAGCUCGUCCAAUAUUGAAAAUUGAGGAAAAAACGAAAGUGACGAAAACACAUGUUCAAAAGUUCCCCAAGAAGCAGAUAGAAGAACAAAAAGAGGAUACUGUAGAAGAACUUAAAGUAGAUGAACGAAUCGAAGAAAAACCAAAAACAACAAUCAUAACGCAAGAAGGUAUUCAAACAACAGAAGUGAUUACGGAUACAAACGUAAGUGAAAUACCAACAGAAGAGAAAGCAGAGAAAGAAACAGGAUUUUUGAUCGAAGAAACACCAAAGAAAAAGCCUGAAGUAACACAAGUUUCUGUUAAAAAGGCGCCUAAAAAGAAAAUUUCACUACCCGAGGAACAACAAAAAUCAGAAAUAGUUGCGGAACUUCAAGAGCAGAAACCUGUAGAGAUUGAACCAAUAACUACAAUCGAAGAAAAGCAUGAAAUUACGGAAAAAUUAAAGAAGAAACGGGUAAGUAAACCGGAUAUUACUUCUAUUAAAGAAGAUUUCCCUAAGUCAGCCGAUAAAGAAGAUGUAACAGUUCAAUCAGAAAAACCUAAAGAGAUUAAGAAAGAAGAAGAGAAGAGUGUAUCGGAAGAAGUAAAAGAGAAACCUGUCACAAAAAAGAAGAAAAAGAAGAUCCCUAAGAAAGAUGAAAUAGAAGAGUGGGUAGAACCAGAAUAUGAAAGACCUGUGUUGGAACCUAUGCCAGAAAAAAUACAAUGGGAACCAACAAAGAAAAGGAAAGAGAAGAAACCAUUACCUCCAGAGCUCCAAAAAUUAGUACCACAAAAAAUAGAAAGAAAGGAAAUAAAGCCAACGAAAUUAAAAUACAUGGAGCCACAAGAUGUUGUACAAUUCGGUUCAAUAAAACUGAAAAAAGUAGAAAUAUCAAAGAAAAAAGAAGCUGAAGUUGCAAAAAUACCAAAGGUUUUAUUGCGUAGUAGGAUAACAUUUAUUAAUGACUAUCCACCAGAAUUGCAAAAACCAAAAAUAAUACUUCUUGAGGAAAAUCCUGUUCAGGUUGGUAUUCUUUCUAGAAAUACAGAAGAAGCAUUAAAGAUAUUAAAAAUAAAGUAUAAAAAACCUAAAUUACCAGAAAAAGAAAUAACGGAAUUAGAGAAAUUGGAUAAGGAAUUUGAAGAAUUGAAGGAGGUUCCUUUAGAGGAAAUAGAAGAUAAGUCAGUAUAUGAACGUAAGCCUAAGAAAAAGAUGGAAAAACCAGAGGAACCACAAAAAUUGGUCAUACAAAAAGGUAAGAUUCCUGCACAGGAAGAACCACAAUCCGAAGAAAUUAAAUUAAAGAAAAUACCCUCUAAAGAAGCAGAAGAAAUCGAGGACACCCCGAAGAAACCGGUAAAGGAAGACAUAGAAAUAGAGGAACCUAAGAAAAAGAAACGAAAGCCCAAAAUGAAACUUGAACACGAAGAAUUUAAACCUACUGAAUUUGACAGGCCAGAACUUGAGAAGUAUGUUCCCGAAGAAGUUGAAAAACCAGAAGAGCCUAAACCAGAACCUACACCAAAACCUUAUGUUAAGGAGGAACGAAAGAAACCUGAUCAAGAAAUCGAACAAAUUCCAUUAAUUCCAGGAAAACCGAAAUCUCCAGAGUCGGAAGAAGAACCCGAAGUAAAGUUCCGAAUACCACAAAAAGAAAAACCUGAGGAAGAACCAGAAACUAUAAUUUUAAAAGGUUGGAAGAAAGAAAAACCAGAAGAUGAAGGUACAGAAGAAUUCCCCAGCAAAGAACAAGAAACUGCUCCUAAAGUUCCUGAAGACGAAACUGAAGAAAUUAUCUUAAAGCCUAAAAUGAAGUUAAAGAAACCUAAAAAGAAGGAGGCAGAAGAAAAACCACAGGAGGAAAUAAUGAUUAAAAAACCUGUUAUUGUCAAAGAGGGAAAAGAAGAGGUAGUAGAGGAAGUUACUUUGAAGAAAAAACAAAAGAAAGAACCAGUUCCUGAAGAAGUAACUGAAGAAGUUAUUUUGAAAAAAUCAGAACCUAAAAAAGAAGAGAAGGCUCCUGAGGAGAUAACUGAAGAAGUGGCCAUAAAGAAAAAACCAAAGAAGAAACCCGUAAUUGAAGAAGCUGCGGAUGAGGUUACGGUCAAGAAGCCUGUUGUUGUGGAAGAGGAAAAGGAAGAAGUAAUAGAAGAAAUUACGUUAAAGAAAAAACCAAAGGAAGAGCCAGUACCUGAAGAAGUAACUGAAGAAGUUGUCUUGAAAAAACCAGAACCUAAAAAAGAAGAGAAGGCUCCUGAAGAGAUAACUGAAGAAGUAGCCAUAAAGAAAAAACCAAAGAAGAAACCCGUAACUGAAGAAGCUGCGGAUGAGGUUACGGACAAGAAGCCUGUUGUUGUGGAAGAGGAAAAGGAAGAAGUAAUAGAAGAAAUUACGUUAAAGAAAAAACCAAAGGAAGAGCCAGUACCUGAAGAAGUAACUGAAGAAGUUGUCCUGAAAAAACCAGAACCUAAAAAGGAAGAGAAGGCUCCUGAAGAGAUAACUGAAGAAGUGGCCAUAAAGAAAAAACCAAAGAAGAAGCCCGUAACUGAAGAAGCAGCGGAUGAGGUUACGAUCAAGAAGCCUGUUGUUGUGGAAGAGGAAAAAGAAGAAAUAAUAGAAGAAAUUACGUUAAAGAAAAAACCAAAGGAAGAGCCAGUUCUCGAAGAAGUAACUGAAGAAGUUGUUUUGAAAAAACCAGAACCUAAAAAAGAAGACAAGGCUCCUGAAGAGAUAACUGAAGAAGUGGCCAUAAAGAAAAAACCAAAGAAGAAGCCCGUAACUGAAGAAGCAGCGGAUGAGGUUACGAUCAAGAAGCCUGUUGUUGUGGAAGAGGAAAAAGAAGAAGUAGUAGAAGAAAUUACGUUAAAGAAAAAACCGAAGAAAGAGCCAGUUUCUGAAGAAAUAACUGAAGAAGUUGUCUUGAAAAAACCACAACCUAAAAAAGAAGAAAAAGCUCCUGAAGAGAUAACUGAAGAAGUGGCCAUAAAGAAAAAACCAAAGAAGAAGCCCGUAACUGAAGAAGCAGCGGAUGAGGUUACGAUCAAGAAGCCUGUUGUUGUAGAAGGGGAAAAAGAAGAAGUAGUAGAAGAAAUUACGUUAAAGAAAAAACCGAAGAAAGAGCCAGUUCCUGAAGAAAUAACUGAAGAAGUUGUCUUGAAAAAACCAGAACCUAAAAAAGAAGAAAAGGCUCCUGAAGAGAUAACUGAAGAAGUGGCCAUAAAGAAAAAACCAAAGAAGAAGCCUGUAACUGAAGAAGCAGCGGAUGAGGUUACGAUCAAGAAGCCUGUUGUUGUGGAAGAGGACAAAGAGGAAGUAGUAGAAGAAAUUACGUUAAAGAAAAAACCAAAGAAAGAGCCAGUUCCUGAAGAAGUAAUUGAAAAGGUUGUCUUGAAAAAACCAGAACCUAAAAAAGAAGAAAAGGCUCCUGAAGAGAUAACUGAAGAAAUGACUAUAAAGAAAAAACCGAAAAAGAAAGCUGUAACUGAAGAAGCAGCGGAUGAAGUUACGAUCAAGAAACCUAUUUUUGUAGAAAAAGAUAAAGAUGAAACUAUAGAGGAAAUCACUUUGAAGAGGACACCAAAGAAAAAAUCCAAAGAAUACAUUAGCAAGGAAGAAAUUGAAGAAAAUGUAGUAGUUAUAAAGAAAGCUGAAAAACCAAUAGAAAAGGAUGAAGUACAUACCGAUAUAACUUUAAAGAAAAAGAAAGAAAUUAAACCUACAGAAGAAGUUGAAGCAGAUGAAUUAACGAUCCAACAAAUAGAAGAAAUCGGAGUACCAGAGGAAGAAGAAUUGAUUGGAGAAUUCACUUUCAAACGUAAACCACCGAAACAAGCACCUAAACCAAUUGAAGAAUUAUACGAAGAUGUUACAUUACGUAAAUUACGUCCAAAAAGAAAACCUAGAAGCGAUAUUAAAGAAGUUACUGAAAUAGAAAAUGUGACAUUCAGACCACGUCGAAUAAAAACUAAAGAAGAUGUUGAGCAAGAAUUUAAAAUCUCAUUGAACACGUAUGAAGAAGAAGAUAUUUCAAUGUCUGGUAAAGUUCGCUUAAAACCGAAAAAACGUCAAAUGACAUAUUCAGAAGAAACUGGAGAAGAAACAAUUCAACUUAUUCAAGAAGUUGAAGAUGACUCUGGUCCUAUUAUAGAAGAAAUCAUUGACGAAUCUGAUGAAGAAGAUAAAGAAGAGUAUAGUAUCGACGAACUUGAAACCGAUGAGUUGAAACUUCCUUUGAGAAGAAAAGUAAAGAAACAACCUCGUCCAUACUCUGUAGAAGAAUUCGAAGAAGCGGAUGUUAAAAUGAAAUUGAAACGUGAACGAAAAUAUUCUUACGAGGAAACAGAUGAAACUUUGGCUUUGAAAUUAAAAGCCAAAAGACGACCAUCUACUUACGAAGAAGAAGAAGCAACGCUUAGCAUCACCAGAGAAGAAGAUAUUUUCGAAGAAGAAGUGGAAUAUGUUGUUCGUGAUGGCGAUACGAUGUACUCAAUUUGUUCAUACGUAGCUGAAACAGAUGAAGCAAUUAAUCUUGUUGAGGGUGAAAAAGUAUAUAUAAUCGAUCAUACAAAUCAAGACUGGUGGUUUGUAAAGAAGAACUUAACAGAAGAAAAAGGAUGGGUGCCAGCGCAAUAUCUAUUAGAUGAAAUACAUUAUACAUUGUAUUUACAACGUAAAUUACAUGAAAAGAUCGACAAAUUACCUGUAUUUGAAAAACCAGCACCAGGAGAAAAGGCAUCUGCUCCAAGAUUUAUUGAAAAGUUACAACCAAUUCAUACACCAGAUGGAUAUACAGUGCAAUUCGAAUGCCAAGUAGAAGGUGUGCCAAGACCUCAAAUAACUUGGUUCCGUCAAACAGCUAUCAUUAAACCAUCACCAGACUUCCAAAUUUAUUAUGACGAUGAUAAUGUAGCAACUUUGAUUAUCAGAGAAGUUUUCCCUGAAGAUGCAGGUACCUUUACUUGUGUUGCCAAGAACACUGCAGGAUUUGCAUCAAGUACAACAGAAUUAGUAGUAGAAGCUCCUUUAUCUGAUCAUGGAUCUGAUUUAACUGGACCAUCCAGAAAAAGUUUGUCAAGAGAAUCUUCUCUGGUUGAUAUUCUCGAAGGAAUUCCACCAACUUUCUCUCGAAAACCUAAAGCAAAAUAUGUUGAUGAAGGUGAUGAUGUGAUACUUGAAAGUCGUCUCGUAGCCGUACCAGAACCUGAAAUCAUAUGGUAUUAUAAGGAUACACAACUUACCAGCAAGGAAAAUAUUGUUAUUGCAAGUGAAAGUGAUAUGCACAUGUAUUGUAGUCUAGUAAAAAUUUCCAAAGUUCAGAAAAAACAGGAAGGAAAUUAUAAAAUCGUUGCUAAAAAUAGAGAGGGUGAAGCUACCAUUGAAAUACCUUUAAAAGUAAAAACUAGCAAUCAGGAACCACCAGAAAUAUUAGAACCAUUACAAUCAUAUGUUGUACGAGAAGGGGAAACUGUUAUGUUAUCUACUCAAAUUGUUGGUAAUCCAGCACCAAAAGUAAUAUGGUAUAAAGAUGGGAAACCACUUAAAGAUCUAACACCACAGCAAGAUGGUCAUAUAAAUACAUUAACUAUAAUCCAGCCACAAUUAGAAGAUACGGGAGAAUAUUCUGUUAUAGCUACUAAUAAUCUUGGCAAAGCUGAAACUCAAUCAACAUUGGUAGUUGAAAUGACUCCACACCUCAAGCCUUUCUUGCUUAUUAACAUUGAACAGCAAAAAGAAGAGUUCUGCAUCUUAUCCUCUAAGGAAAUACCAAGUGGUGCUCCUGAGCCACCAUUAUUCACUGAAAGAUUCCAAGAACUUAUAGUACCUGAAAAGAGUACAUUCAAACUUGUUGCAAAAGUUACUGGAAAUCCUACUCCAGAAAUAACUUGGUUGAGAAAUAACGAACCAUUAGAAAAAUCACCAAACAUAACAAAAAGCUAUGAUGGGGAAAAUAUUGUUCUUGAGAUUAGAAAUGCUAAUUCGGAGACAGAUGCUGGUGAUUAUAAAUGUGUUGCUAGUAAUCCAAUUGGAAAGACUUCACAUGGAGCUAAAGUUACAGUGGACGUCGAUAAAGUCACAUUUACAAAGAAAUUAAAAGAAAAAAUCACUGUUGAUGAAUAUAAAAUGUUGGAACUCAUUUGUGAAACCUCUCAUACAGUAUCUACUACAUGGUGGCAUAAUGAAAAAGAAAUCAGUGGUAUGGAUCAUCGUGAAAUUAUUCAGGAAGGUCGAGUACAUAAGUUAGUCAUCAAAAAGACAAAUGCAAUAGAUGAAGGCAUAUACAAGUGUACUGUCAAAAAUCAAACAACAUCUAGUACUGUCACUGUGAAACCUGCUAAGCCUGAAUUUACAAGAAAACUACAAGACUUCGAAGUUAAGGAACGUGAAAUAGCAAUUUUAGAAGUUGAAAUAACAUCUGAAACUGUAAAUGUUGAAUGGUAUAAAGAUGGAGUACUAUUGAAACCAAGCAAUGAAAAAUUAGAAUUUGUAAAAGAAGGCACCAUAAGAAAAUUACUUAUCAGAAGUGCAUCAGUUCAUGAUGAAGGAGAAUAUACAUGUACAUUGCCUGAUCAACAAUGUACAGCUGAAGUUACUGUUGUUGAAUUGCCACCAGAAAUUAUUACUAAGAUGCAAGAUGUGACAAUAGCUAGAGGAGAGAAAGCAAUUUUCGAUAUUGAGUUAACUAAAGGUGAUGCACUAGUGCGUUGGUUUAAGGAUAAUCAGGAAUUACAGUUCUCUGAACAUGUGCAACUUUCUAUCGAUGGCAAAAGGCAAAAAUUGAAGAUUUACGAUUCAGAACCUGAAGAUGCAGGUGUCUACACUUGCCAAGUUGGAAAACAAACAUCUUCGGCGAAAUUAACUGUUGAAGAACCUGGUGUAGAUUUUAUUGCCAAAUUACCAGAUGUUACAUUGGUAUCAGUAAAUGAAGAUGCUACCUUUUUAAUCGAAAUAUCUCAAUCAAAUAUUCCAGUCACAUGGUUAAGAAAAGGAGAAAUCAUUAAAAAAUCAGAAAAAUAUAUUAUUAUUGAUGAGGGUAAUAUAAAGAAACUCAUUGUGAAGAAAUGUACAACAGAAGAUAUUGCAGAAUAUACAGCUGUUGUAACAAAUGUAAAAACAUCAUCAAGAUUAAAAGUUGAAGUCAUAGAAACACCUCCGAAAAUUAACCCAGAUACUCAGACAAAAUACACAGUGAACAAAGAUGAUGAUAUUGAAAUUAUAGUCAAAUUCACAGCAACACCAAUGCCAACAGAUGAAUGGACUGUUGAUGGUCGCAUUGUUACAAAAUCUAAGAGAAUCACUCCUUCGAUAGAUGAGGAAUCUGCUGUUUUAACUAUUACAAAAGUGCAGGAAGAAGAUAUUGGUGAUUACAACUUAAGACUCUUCAACCCACAUGGUGAUGCUUCUAUAGUAAUAAAUGUUGCAAUUGCACAGCCACCUAGCAAGCCAGGUACUCCAGAACCUUUAGAAUUAACAAAUGAAAGUAUUACACUGCAUUGGAAAAAGCCAGAAUCCGAUGGAAACUUGCCAAUCACAGAAUACAUAUUGGAAUACCAUGAGAAAAAUGAAACUUUAUGGACCAAAGUCACAGAAAAAAUCAUUGAAACAAGUCAUACAGUAACAAAAUUAACAACUAAUAAAGAAUACACUUUCCGUGUAACAGCUGUUAAUAAAAUAGGUCUUAGUGAGCCAUCUUUGGAAACACAAUAUCUAAAAAUUUCAAAGCCAUCAGAAAUAGAGCCACCAAUUAUAUUGGAGCCACUAAAAAGUAUGAAUGUAGGUUUAAAACAAACCGUAACACUUUCUUGUGUCAUUAGAGGAUCACCAGCACCAGAAAUUACAUGGUUCAAGAAUAAUCAACCAUUUGCUGAUACUAAUAUAACUUAUGAAAAUCGUGUAGCAAAAUAUAUAAUCUUCGAAACAACAGAGACAUCUUCAGCAACAUUCACUGUAAAAGCAGAAAAUGAAGCUGGCACAGCAGAAACCACAUGUCAAUUAAAGAUACAAGAGCCACCAAAAUUGAUUGUUGAUGAAACAUUGAUAAAUCAGAAAUUACCUGUUAGUUCUGAAUGGAAAAUUGAUGUUCAAACCAAAGGUUUCCCCACACCGAAUGUAACAUGGUCGAAGAAUAGUCAAAAGAUAAUCGAUAAGCGAGUAUCAACUCAUAUUGUAGAGAAAAUUUCAACCAUUUAUAUCAGUUCUAUUAUUAGAGAAGAUACUGGUACUUACACAGCAGAAGCAACUAACGAAGCUGGCAGUUCUUCUGUAGAUAUUCAGCUCAAGGUUAUAGAUAAACCAGGUAAACCUCAAGGACCAAUAAUAACAAAAGAGAUCAGGCGAGAUCGUAUCACAAUUGAAUGGAAAGCACCAAUUGAUGAUGGUGGUCUUGAAAUAGAAAAAUAUACUAUUGAGAAAUGUGAAACAGCUAAGAUGAAUUGGAUAAAAGUAGCUGAUGUUGAUAAAGACAUAGAAAGUUUCUGUGUACAAAAAUUACAAUUAGAAGUAGAAUAUAUAUUCAGAGUAAUUGCAAAGAAUAUUGUAGGCGCAUCAGAACCUUUAGAAUCUGAGCCAGUAAAAACAAGAAUGUCUUAUGAUCCACCUGGACCACCAAGAGGGCCUUUAGAGAUUUCUGGCAUGACCAAAACAUCUUUCACAAUAAAAUGGCAAGUUCCAGAAAAUGAUGGUGGUUCGCCAAUUAUAGAUUAUAUCGUUGAAAUAACAGAAUCAACAAAGAAAGCAUGGCAGAAGGUGGGCAACACAAAGGCUGAUAUGACAAACAUUAGUGUAUCGAAUCUAAAAACCGAUAUGUCAUAUGAUUUUAGAAUAACAGCAAAAAAUAAAAUUGGAAUGGGUGAACCAUAUAUUUCAGAGGAACCAAUUAUAGCUGGAAAGCGAGCAAAAAUAACAAAGCUUACAGAUAGCAGUUUAUAUGCUUUACUAGGCAUAUUUCCACCAUCAAAAAUUGUUAUAAGUAAAACUCCGCCAUCUAGUCCACUCAAUGUUCGAGUAAUAAACUUUACAAGUAAGAGUGUAACACUUACAUGGUUUCCGCCAGCUAAUAAUGGAGGAACUGAACUUACAGGCUACAUUAUCGAAAAACGACCAUUAAUUGGUAAAGGUGCACGAUGGAUAAAAGUCGUUACUUUAGAUGCUACAACUCACCAAUACUGCAUUGAAAAUUUAAAGGAAAGUGAAUUUUUGUUUAGAGUAUUUGCCGAGAAUAGUAUGGGUCUCAGUAUACCUACGAAUUCGGAGCCAGUUACUCUUAAAACUCAUGCUACUGUACCAUCAGCACCUACUGCCCCAUUAGAAAUCAGACAAAUAGCUGCAAAUACAGUGGUUAUAGAAUGGGGUAGACCAGAAUCUGACGGUGGUGCACCUUUAGAAGGAUAUAGAAUUGUUAUGAGGGAUGCUAAAAAGACUAUGUGGAUUGAGGUAGGACGAGUCAAGGCUGAUAUACAAAAGAUAAAUAUAAAAGACCUUCAAGAAAAUCAUGAGUAUCUUGUGAGAAUCUAUGUUAGAAACGAGGUUGGUCUAAGCGAACCAUUGGAAUCCGAUGAACCUUUCAAGAUACUACCAACUUCAGAAUUAUCAGUAGUAGAGCCAAUUGCAGAAGCCACAGACAAAGGCGAAACUGCAUCUGUGAGUUUCAGUACAGAAAAUACAAGUUCCUGGCUCCGAGAGCAUAACAUGGAUGCUGAUAUUCAUUCUUAUGCGAGAGCAAGACUUCUUAGAAGAGACGAAUACUUUUUCCGCAUUUGGCAUUAUGCUAAGAAACUAUUCGAAUAAGCAUUUCUAUAAUUUUAAAUGGUUAUCCUAUUAUCUCUAAAAAAAUUUAUCGCUUAUCAAAAACGCAUCUGAUGCUUAUUUUGUCGUCAAAUGCAAUAGAAAAAACUAAUAUCAAGGUUAGAAAUGAAGGAUCUUUUUGAUUAUAAGAAUAAGUGAAGAAAGAGACAAAAACGAAGAAGAAUCUACGGGCUUUCUCAAACUAACAACAAUGUCACUUACAAAUCUUCCAUAGAAACGAAUAAUAUAAUAGGUUAACUUUCUUUUUUUUUGUUGUUGUUUUGUGAAUUAAAACAGGAGACUGGACGAGUGUAGAAACUAGUCAGAAUAGAGGUUAUAUCAUUAUUCUCUAAUGAAGUAAGGUUUUUCGAAAGCAAUUCAAUUAUCAGAAUUUUGUAAAUAAUCUCUUCCGAAAAAUUAUCAGAUUGAACGAAGAUAUUCACAUUUACAAAUCUAGCAAACAAGGAGAAAACGUUUACCAAGAGAUGAGAAAAAGAGAAAGAACGAACUACUUCCUACGAUUUCCCACAAAAUAAUAUUUUAAAAGGAGAACGACAAUGCAAUUAGACGAUGACUCGGAAUUGUCUUUUAAAAAUGACUUCUCUUAUAAAAAGAUGUGAUAUGAUAUGAAUGACAGAAUAGUCGAAGGAUUGAAAAUCAAACUAUCCUUUUUCCCUUUUUCCUUACCUUAUCCCCUCCUCCCUAUAUAUCUCCGCCCAAGAAUGUUGCAAACGGUAGGCAACGUUCAGUCACUUAUUUAAAGUUUUUGGGAGGAUUACUUUAAGUAUUUAUUAUUAAUCUAUAAUCCAUAUUUAUAAUAUUACUUGUUAUCAUUGCCGAUAGGUUUAAUUAAAUAAUUAUUGAUUAUCGUUGAUUAUCGAAUCGACAUUUUAAAGGACUGGUCGUAACAGUCGAAUUAAACGAGAUAAAUGUUAUGCCCCGUUGGUAUUAUCGCGAGACGUAAUAAAUAUAGGUGCAAAACAUCACUAAUAUACCGACGACGUGUCGCAUUACUCGUAAUUACAUUGUAAAAUAUUUUACGAAUUAAAUUAUGACAAAUUAUAAACAUA